CCUCCAGGCAGGUCUGCCUGUCUGGCUCUUCCGCAGGAGGGAGAGAGAGACGAGAGGCGCAGCAGCAGCAGCUUUGUGCGCCAUGAAGGCAGCGGCGGCAGCUGGGGCUUUGGACGGAGCCCCCUCCUGUAUCUGAGGCUGCAGACAGCCCCCACCCCCUCAGCCCCAUUUUGGAGGCUCUCACAAUGAGGCAGCGGCUGGGGGACUUGAAAGCCGCCGGUGACGGUAGAGGGACCCCCGAGGAGCUGCCCGCCAGGGGCGCCAUCAAAUUGGUGAGUGGCUGGACCGGAAUCCAGAAGGAAGGGACAGAAGGGGGGGGGGACCUCGGGGAGGGGGCGCAAAACUGGGCACACGAUGGUGUUGGUUUUUUUUAAUGUAUUGGUUGGCUGGCUGCAGACGGGGGCCCGGCGCCUCUUGGGCAGACGCGCGGCUCCUUUUCCACCAGGACUAGAAACGUGAAGGCGUUUUAACUUACCAAGGCUGCGCGUUAGCAGGGCGCGUUGGGUAGAUCCAGACGCUAAUUGUUGUUUUCGGGACCAGAGAUAAUAGCGGAGUGUUGAGAGGCGAAGGAAAGCCAGUUCGGUUUAGACUGCGAAACCAUCCAUCUCUCUCUCGGCUUCUUGGCUAAUAUUGUUGCUGUGGUGGCUUGGAGAGGGGUGAGCUUUGGAUUUUCGAAAGCUGGGAGAUUUUCCAGAUCCAAAAGGAAGACGUUUGAGUUGUGGCUGGAGAGCAGAGAAAUGGACGCCAUGAGCCCGUCUGGUGGGAUCUGCCUCUGCUGGGUGUCAAGGUAACCGCUGGGCAGGUGUGCUGCCGGUGUUUGUGGAGGAGGGAGACCAGGCUGGACUCUUGGGAGUGACUGGCAAGAUGGUAGUGGGUCCUGUACAGAGGAGCAGCAGAUGCCCUCCAUCUCCCACUCCAUCAAGCAUAAAUUUCAGGCCAACCAGUGAGCAGUUUCUUUGAUUUCCAAGGGCACAGUUACGGUCUUGGUGGAAGCCAAAGCAUUGGAUCGGGUCCCCACUUUGGUCGGCUUCGGUUGUUGGGAUUGUGCCAUUUCCCCAAGGCAAUAGUGGGAUUUAUCAUGUGGGUCAUCUCCAGAAUUAUAAUCGCCAAUUUGUAGGCAAUACAAAUAUAGGCCAUCAUAAAACAUCCAUAUAUAAAAUUUUAAAAUAUAUACAAAUAAGCAGCUGUGUAAAAAUACGUAAUAAGGAUUUUCAUUGGAGUUCCUUCCCGCUAAAUAGUGCCAUUCACCACUCUGAGAGAUAUAAAAAUUCAGCCACCCUUGCAGUUACUUCCGGGUUAGCGCCAGACAGGUAGAAUCUGAUAUUUUCAUUGUGAUGUUAGACUACCCCAAAAAGGGGGAUAGCACGCUUUUGAGUAGCUGGGUGUACAAUGGACAGUAGAAAAGAAUAUGUUCUACUGUGUCCGGCAGAUUCAAAAAACAGCCACAGAUCUCCAGAAUUUCCGUGACCUGUGGCAAUUAUUUGCAGCCUGACUUUUUUUGGGGGGGGUCACCCUGUAAGAACCAAUAAUCCCCUCCUAAAUCCUGCCUCCCUUUCUCUUCUGGGAUGGGCUACCUCCAGCUUCCUCUCUGGAAUUUCUCGGGCAGGAGUCAUGGAAGUUUGCCUGGGGCAGUUAUAAUAUUCAGUGUACUAAUUUGUUUUUACAAAUGCUGUACUUUGAACAAUUUGAAAACAGAAGUGCCAGGAGGGCCCCUCUGAAACUGUAGGGUCAGUAAAUUUCACUGGGGGGGGGCAGGGUUCAAAGCCAACUUUUGCUCAAGUUUCAGUUGCAAUACGAAGAAAACAAAACCAUGUAUUUACAGUUAUGGGGGCGGAGAAGUUGUGCAUUGCCACAAACCUGAUUCAUGGGCCCAUUUGGCUGCAGGAAGAGAAAUGAAAACCACUUUGUCCUUCUGUGUGCUGGACCAGAUAUCCAGCCAAGGACAAAAGUGUGCCUGAGAAAUUAAGGAGCUCAAGGCACUGCACACAGUCCUCCUCAUCCUCAUUUAAUCCCCAUAACAGCCCUGUGAAGUAGGUUAGUCUGAGAGGCAGUGACUGGCUCCAAGGUCACCCAGUGGGGGUGAUUUCAACCUUGGUCUCUGCCAGGUCCAAGUUUGAUACUCUAAACCCCACCCUACACUGACCUACCCCACACAUCUUGUGGGGCCCGGAACAAAACCUUGGGGGCAGUAAGUAAGAUCCCUUAUUUUAUUUAUAUUUUUAUUCCACAAAAUGUAUACACCGCUUGAUUGGGGGGAGGGGGAAAAAAACCCUCAAAGCGGUUUACAAAAAAGAUAGGACAAUAAAAUGAUCAACAAGAAAAAUCAGCAACAAUAAUUAAAAACUUUUAAAAAGUUAACAUAACAAGAGACUAAAAACAUAUUUAGACACAUACCAGCUUUCUAGACAUUUCAUCUGAACAAAAAUGUUUUUAGCAGGCGCUGAAAAGGGUACAGUGAAUGGGGGCUGCCUGAUGUCAAUAGGCAGGGAGUUCCAGAGUUCCACACUAAAAGAUGGAUUUCUUACAAAUAGUGUAACAGUGCCAAUUCCACAGGUCAAAGUGGCUGAGUGGGCACGUGUGGAGCAAGGCGAUCUCGUAGGUAAACUGGUCCCAAGCUGUUAAGGACUUUAUACCCUAAUAGUAACACCUUGAACUUGGCCUAGUAGCAAAUUGGCAACCAGUGCAGAUUUCUGAGCACAGGUGUUACGUGCUGCCAAGGUUUGCCUCCUGCCAGCAUUCUGCACUGGCUGCAGCUUCUGGACCAAGUGCAAGGGAAGUCCCGCAUAGAGCGCAUUGCAGUCAUCCAGCCUUGUAGCUACCAGGGCAUGAGAUACUGUGGUCAACCUUUCCUGCUGCUUCUCCCACGGUGUGUGUAUGAAUUGGUGCACUUGCUUCAUUCGGCAGCUGUUUCUCAAACGUUUUGGACUUCUAAAAACAACUUCCUCCUCCAAACACGUGCCAUGCGCUUACUGUCAGAGGCUGAGGCACACGGGGACACACCCGCCCUAGGCAUGGGCAUGUGAGCGUGAGCAGCUGUGGACUGGGGCAAAUGUGUGUCUUGUUUGCGUGUGUGGAAGAUUAUACCCCCCCAAAUACUUUUGCAGGUGGGCAGCAUGCUGUGGCACUCAUGCCCUGAGAAUGCAGGCAACUGCUUGGCCACUGUGAGAAUAGGAUGCUCGACUAGAUGGGCUACUGGCCUGAUCCAGUUCUUAUGAUUGGUUUUUUAGCAGAAGCACCAGCUCCCCUCUUCUCAGACUGGUCCUGAUGAACAAAGUUGCUCUGUUCAGAUCUGGGCAGAGGGCAAGUGAAGAAGAAGAAGAAGAGUUUGGAUUUGAUAUCCCGCUUUCUCACUACCCGAAGGAGUCUCAAAGUGGCUAACAUUCUCCUUUCCCUUCCUCCCCCACAACAAACACUCUGUGAGGUGAGUGGGGCUGAGAGACUUCAGAGAAGUGAGACUAGCCCAAGGUCACCCAGCAGCUGCAUGUGGAGGAGCGGAGACACGAACCUGGUUCCCCAGAUUAUGAGACUACCGCUCUUAACCACUCACUAUACCACAGUUACCUAAGGAAGGGCAGGUGCUCUCUGGAAACCCAGUUCUGUGUCAUGUCUGAAAUCGACCUCCACAGGUGAAUUGAACAUGUCCUGAAAUCGGGCACCAGAAUCUCAGAUUCAAGGCUCUUGGGAAGCAAAGCUUGGAAUAAACAUCUCACUGAGAACCCAAAGCUAGAGAGUCGCUUCUAGGCACUUUGGACCAUCGUUCUCCAACUUACCACCCUCCAGAUGUUUUGAACCACAACUCCUAUCCGCCCCAGCCAGCACAGGUGUGUAGUCCAAAAUGCAAGAGAGCCUGCUGUAUCAGGGCAGCCUCCUAUUCUUACUCUGAAACCCACAAACCCACAAACAGGACCUGAGCACAAGAGCCCUUUCCCUUCCUGCUGUUUCCAGCAACUGGUAUUCAGAAACAUGACUGCCUCCAACCGUGGAGGGCACCAGGUUGGGGAAGACUGUCUUAGCCUGUUUUGCCCGAUGAACCCUGUGGGUCUGCACUGUAAAAUGGCACCAAGGAGCAGAAACUGGGGGUGGGGGGUAGAUGGGCAAAAGGAGACUCAAAUUUGCGUCUGCUAAUCUGUAGGUUCCAGGUGUCAAUCUGGGAACAAUUCCUAUAGCUGCCUGCUCAGCUUGCUGCCUAGGUGAUGCUCAACUUCACGGCCACCCAUUCCUGGCUUGUUCCCCCCCCCCCCUUCUUAGCACUCUUUAAACUGGGCAGCUCCAAAACAAGAGGAUGGGUUCUGUUCAAUGAGAUUUUGCUCAGAGUAGACCUAUUGAAGUGAAUAGCAACGGUCUGUUUGUUUCAAUGCGUCUGAAAGUUAGCUGAAUGCCACCCAUUGUUUCCAAAUAGAGAACUGGCCUCUGCCAAGGGAGGCACCAGGACACCCUGGCCAAUAUGGAACUCACUCCCAUGGGAGGCAGUGAUUGCCGCAAAAUGAGAUGGCUUUAAAAGAGGAUAAUAAAAAAUUCAGGGAGGAGAGCUAUUUUGGCUAUGCUCCUCAUCUAAGGAUGAAAGCAGUAAUGCUUCUGAAGGCUACUUGCUGGAAACCCCAGGAGUGGUCUUGUGUUCGAAUCCUGAUUCUGGGCUUCCCAUCGGGGCAUAUGGUUGGCCACUGGGAGAACAGGAUGCUGGACUCGAUGGGCCAUAGGCCCUCUUUCCUAUGGCCCAUUGAGUCCAGCAUCCUGUUCUCCCAGUGGCCAACCAUAUGCCCCGAUGGGAAUCCCAGAAUCAGGAAUCGAACACAAGACCUGCUUUUCACCUGCUUUUCCUUGUUGCACACAAGUGGAGAGAGUGAAGGGAAGCAGCCUCCCCCCCCCCCCAUUCUCUAGCCCCUAAGCUAGCUUGCUCUGUGCCUCUUUACGCCAGCCUGCUGCCCUCGGGUACAUUGGAGGAUGCAGUCGCCUUAGCCAGUGUGGAAGUAAGAUGAAACUGCCUCUUUGGCUGGAUUUUGCACAUGGAAUGAGGGAGAGAGAGGGGGGCCAUCUUCAGUUAGCGAAAUGUCUUGGGAUGCCUUGGACAAAGAGAUUUGGCUGGAGUGUGGCAGAAGAAGGAGAUGCUGCCAGAUCAUCCACUCAUUUGGCUUGAUCCAGCAGAGCUCUUCAUAUGUUCUGAUAUAAGCAGAAAGCUUUGGGUUCCCUGGAGCUCAGGAUGGGCUUUGACAUAUCCCUUUGCAAGGUGGAGCCUGUUCCGUUGCGCAGGAGAGGACUCUCAGUGUGCUCCUCUUUCACCUCCUCCAUCCCCUGGCACUCAUGAGUGCGCAGGAGGCCGGCUGCACUUGGCCAUCUUUCCAGUUCGGUCUGGGACCAUGGCAGCGGCCUGCGAUGUCCCUUUGGCUCCCUGCCUGCCUCAGUCACAUGGAACGGCCAUGACGCAACAGCCGUCUGUGCUGAGCCACUCGCUUUGGGACUAAGCCGGCCAGCGCUGCUGUCUGGGACUCUUGGCUUCCUUGAAGCUGGGCUUCUCCACUGCCCCCACCUCGUCCCAGCCUAGUGGAAGUGAUUGAAGUAGCAGCCUGGGAAGGCCUGGCUUUUUCCUCUUUUCUUUUUUUGUUCUAUUUGCGGUGUGAGCAAAUAGGCAGCCUGAGCCCCCACAUCCUCUCUCCCUUUUGUCGGGGCUGGCUGGCUUCCAGCCGACAGCUGCAGCCACUUGGCCCUCUGGCCUCUCGGAGACGCCCUUUCUCUCUUUCCGCUUCUCUUUCUCUCUGCCAAAACAUGGAUUGCUUACGACCUGAGUGGCUGUGUGUGUGUGUGCGUGUGUUUAAAUGUGUGAAUUCCAACAUUAUCCCAAACCCGUGAAAAUCUAGGGCUGCGACAUUGAGUUGAUUUAAUGGGACGGACGCGGAUGGUGCUGUGGGUUAAACCACAGAGCCUAGGACUUGCCAAUCAGAAGGUCGGCGGUUCGAAUCUCCGCAACGGGGUGAACUCCCGUUGCUCGUUCCCUGCUCCUGCCAACCUAGCAGUUCAAAAGCACCCCAAAAAGUGCAAGUAGAUAAAUAGGUACCGCUCUGGCGGGAAGGUAAAUAGCAUUUCCGUGCGCUGCUCUGGUUUGCCAGAAGUGGCUUAGUCAUGCUGGCCACAUGACCCGGAAGCUGUACGCCAGCUCCCUUGGCCAAUAAAGUGAGAUGGGCGCUGCAACCCCAGAGUCGGUCACGACUGGACCUAAUGGUUAGGGGUCCCUUUCCCUUUCCCUUUCCCUUUACAAACAUUCAGAAUAAAUAGGCCAAUGCGAUCUCGUCGCCAUUUCAGCAAUACAGCAAGGGCAGGGUCCUGCAGUGUACUUCGGUGGCAGAAAAUCAAAUAGAGAAACUUGGCUACUGUCUUGGUGAGCUUCUGGUCUCUCCCCUGUAAUAAGAAGCGUAUAACCUCUGUCUCUGGUUUCCAUGUUGGGAUACAUAGGUAGUCUAAGAAUUGUUGGUGGAGAUCAUCAUUUUACAGUUAAGGACCAUGUGAGGUAGAAUUUCCACCAGGUGGGCAUCACAUGGGCAGAUCCUAUCUCCUUCUGCCAUACCCGCAAACCUACCCCAAAGGAGGUUAGAAGGAAAGAAAGCCCUUCUUUCUUGUGGGUUAAACAAAAAUUGCAAAUAAUUAAGGUUAAAUUCCUGCGCCCAGGAGAGUCGAAAAUAGAUGAGCCAAUUUUCUGACUCAGCGGAAGGCAGCUUUCCAGGUUCCUGUGCUUCUGUUGAGGCGGCUUGUGCCUUGCUUGGGGAUGGCAGGCAGGCGGGCCAGCGCCUUCUCUGCCCUAAGCCUUGCCAGUACAGACUGCGAGUGCCGCAGAGGUCAACAGAGCCCCGAGGCUGCCCUUCUGGAGGUCGUCCCUUGGAUGAGAGGCGUGCUGGAACUUGUCCUGUCCAGGUGCACAACCUUCCUGGCUGCGUGCUGUCCCCCUGAGCCACUCCUCCUGAACUUUAGACACACAAACAGACCGAAAGAGCACUCGUUCCUGAAGGGGUUGGUCUCUGUUGUGGUGGCGGCGGCGUCAGUUGCAGAGGGGUGGCAUCUUGCACAGAGGAUCCCACUGCUGACUCUGGAAAGCUUGGCUCCUGGAGAGCCGCGAGGAGGAGAGGAGAAGGGAGAGAAGCCCCUUCCAGCGACAGGCAGUCCUGCCGCAGGCAAGGUAUGGAAGCUGCUUUUGGGAUGCCUGUCUAGAACCGCAGGAUUGUGGAGCUGGAAGGUACCCAAAGGAUCGUCUCGUUCGCCUCCCUGCAAUGCAGGAAUUGCAGCUCAAGGGCCCAGAAAGCACAAGCUGCUCUUGUGCAGGAGGGCUUGGUGGGUGUCAGAGACAUUUGGGUUUUCUGCUUGGGUACCAAGCCUCGCUGGUUGGCUCACGUCCAUCUGGGGUGCCAAAGGGGGUUUGUGAGGAAGGGGGGUUUGUCAAAACUGUUUGCCCCUGCACGAAGAAGAUGGUGCAGAGGAGUGCUUGAUUCUGGAUGCCUGCGGAAUUCAUCUCCCCAAGGGGAAAAAGACAGGUGUUCAAAAAUGGUGUUCCUGGGCAGGUGCAGAAUAUGUUUUCUUUGGAGAGAGGUGCUUCCUUGUCUGCUUGGUGUGCUGUAGGAUCGGGUGCCGGCUUGUCUUGGGCAGAGUAGACCCUCCGCUGCUACUGCUGCUGCUUUGACCAAGAGGUGGUCCAGUGGCAGAGGACAUGAAGUGACCUUCAUGAAAGACAGUGUGGUGCAGUGGUUAGAGUUUUGGACUAGUUUGUUGGGCUAGUCACUGCUGUUUGGCCUAACCUACCUUUACAAGGUUGUUGUGGGGAUUAAAGGAAGAAGGGGGAAAAACCAUGGACACCGCCUUCAACUCCUUGGAGAAAAAGGUGGGAUACCAAUGCAAGAAAUAGAAUCACGGAGUCAUAGAAUUGUAGGGUUGGAAGGGACCCCAAGGGUCAUCUAGUCCAACCCCUUGAGAUGCAGGAAUCUCAGCUGAAGCAUCCGUGACAGAUGGCCAUCCAACCUCUGCUUAAAAACCUCCAAGGAAGGAGAGUGCACAACCUCCCGAGGGAGUGUGUUCCACUUUUUAAAUAAAUAUUAAAUAAUAAUUCACCUUAACGUGUUAUUUGCAAAGAGCAAUUUAUCCCUUUCUUGGUGCAAUUUGCAAAGGAGGGGGUGAGGCAGCCUUUGCUAAGUAAACUGGUCCUGAGUUGCUUUGGGCCCUAUUGUGCUUAGUACUCGAACCUUGAACCGGGCCCGGUAGCCUGGGCCAAUCCACAGACAAGGCAUUCCACUCUGGCAACCCCCACAAGCAGCUGCCUUCUGCCCCAGCCGCAGCCUCCAGACUGAGCCCCACCCAGCUAGGCUGCCACACGCGUUGGCAGCAGAAAAACAUGGCCAGGCGUCAUUCCGGUGUUGCAGCCACCUGUUCCAGUGACAGGCCAAGUGGAAACGUUGCUCUGCGAGUUGGCAAGAGGGGUCAGCCUGUCGGAAAGGCCCACACCCCUUUCGUUCCCAGGGUGGAAUGCCGCAGUUACUUGGGGCCUUCUGCACGAGCUCUGAGAUGCUCUUUUCUGCAUCAUUGUUUUGCUUAUUCUCAGGGUCAUGUGGACUUCGGACAGAAGAUGUGUUGUCAGGUUCAGUCCUCCUCAAAUAGCCUGGCUUUUGCCUGUCAGAGUUUGAUGCUGGAGCAGUUUUGCCAUGGGGGGCGCGGAUGUCUUUCUGUAUUGACCUUGCCAAGCCCCACUCCACCCCCCAGUGAUGGGCAGCACUGACCUGGGGGAGGAAAAAUAAUUGCAGUGUGGUGUAGUGGUUAAGAGCGGUAGUCUCGUAAUCUAGGGAACUGGGUUUGCGUCUCUGCUCCUCCACAUGCAGCUGCUGGGUGACCUUGGGCCAGUCACACUUCCUUGAAGUCUCUCAGCCCCACUCACCUCACAGAGUGUUUGUUGUGGGGGAGGAAGGGAAAGGAGAAUGUUAGCCGCUUUGAGACUCCUUAAAGGGAGUGAAAGGCGGGAUAUUAAAUCCAAAUUCUUCUUCUUUUGCAUUGUAGAGUUGGAAGGGACCUCGAGGGCCAUCUAAUCCAAACCCCUGCAAUGCAGGAAUUGCAGUUAGGAGGAGAGUUUCCCCAUUAUUUAGUCACAUGGUAGAGCAGGAAUGCCAACUCGGCCCCGCGACUGUGGGUGCCUGGAGCCAUGGCUGCCUGGCACUGAAAUUUGUGGGUGCCUGGGGAAUUUUGUGGGUGCUCAGGCACCAAGGGCAGGCAGAAACAGUCAGUGUUUUUUGCUGCACCUGUGGCUAAGACGGCUACCUGGAUGCCACAAUUUUACUAGCCACUCAGCCAGUCACAGCACAGGAAAAAAGGCGUGUGCAGAAGGAUGCGACAGGUUUGUAAAAUUCUGCAUGGUGUGUUGGAAGUGGGGUGGUGGGAGAAGCUUCCCCCCACCCCUCUUUGGAUGCCAGAGCUUGCAUCUGAAUGGCAGGACAUAUUUGAAAGGAGGUGCUCCUUCGCACCUGUGGAACUCAUCACCACAAGAUGUGGCAAGGGCUCCUGGUUUCGGUGGCAGCUAAGCCAGUUCAUGGAGAGAGGCCCAUCAGCAGCCAAGACAGCUAAAUGGAACUUCCAUGUGCAGAGAAAGUCUACCAGAUUCUGGGGAGCAGCUGCAGGAGAGGCCUCGUUCCUUCAAGUCUUUCCGGCAGCUUCACAGAAUGCAUCUGAUUGGCCACUGGAGUGGAUGUUUGCCUUCAUCCGGCAGCCAGGCUCCUCUUUUGUCAAGAGAAAAGUCCCAGCUGAGCUGUUCUGUCGUCUACUACACAUAGGGAAGUGGCAGCUGAUGCAAUGAUAUGUGCCCAGGGAUGCCAAUCCAGGCACGCUGCCACCAGGAACUUCACUUUGCACCUGGAUGGUGGCAUCGGCUGGCCUCGUUUUACGGCAUGGCUCUGGCGUGUCCCGUCUUCUACCUCUCUGUUAAGUGAGCCCCUCUCCCCUGCCAUCUCCCCCCCACCGCCAGUCCAGGAUUGCAUCAAGGUUUGGCAGGCCUGGGCAUCGCCCGCUGUUUGGUCCCGACUAAGAAGAGCCUCCUGAACUAAUUUCAAGGAAGAGUAAACUUGCUGGAGAGGGAAUACCCCAUUGAAGGUGUCUUGCCCCAAACCUCACUGAUGGCAGAGGGAACCAAUGCAGAAGGGAGAGAGCAAGAGCAGUGCAGUGCAGUGGUUAGAGUGCUGGACCAAGGCCUGGGAGACCUGUGUUCAAAUUCCUGCUCAGCCAUGAAACUCAUUGGGUUUGACCUUGAGCCAGUCACCUGUAUCUCAGCAUAUCCUACCUCACAGGAUUGCUUUGAGUGUCAAAUGACCAGGGGGAGAACUAUGCACCACCCUGAGCUCCUUGGGGAUGGGGAGAAAUUCAAUAAAUAAUACCCAGAUAAGCAAGCCAGUCUUGUCAGCUGAAAGCAGACAGGGGGAGAAUGAAACAAAACUCUGGACAUGCUCAGAGGCACCUGGCUAAGGACAGCAUAAUCUGUGGCUGUGUCGUUAUUGUUAUGUACUGAAGUUCUCACCCUGGGCCAGCAGGGGGAUACUGUAGAUAGUUCAGGUCCACAUAUGCAAAUAAGGGAUCAAAAGUGACGUUCAGUGAUUGGAUAGUUACAGAAAGUUGUUACAGUUACGUUGUAAUGGAGCUCUAUAUAAGCAGGCUGGCUGAACCCUUCAGUUCAGUUCUGUUCUGGCCUGUGAAUAAACAAGAGCUGUUUGGAGAAUUGCUGUGUUGUCUCAUAUGUUCACCCACAACUUAACAGUUAUAGUGGGCCAUUUGCCUGCUGAGAGCUCCCCCCAAAAUCACAAGCACAGGUAACCUCCCUGCCUUGCAGCAUAGCAGAUUUCAGCUUAUGCAGCUUCCCCAACCCUCCGCUUAUAAAGACAAACUUCACUCGCCCGCCCCACCUUCUCCCUACCUGUUGUAAGAAUGACUGUCUGCGAAGGGACACGCCACCGAGAGUGCUGCGUGCGACUUGCUCUGUGUCAAAACAGUGUGAGACACACUUGUUUACAAUCCCACGCCCGGCUGUGGAGAUUUCCCUUGACUCAUCACCAGACGGAGUGUUUCCUGUGAGUUAGCCGGGAUGUGCGGCUGGCUGGUGGAUGACUGGCUGAGGAGCUGGUUCCAGGCCUGCCUCAACUCAACUGAAGACUUGCCUGGGCUGGCAAUAUCCCAGAGGCCCCCACUCCAGGAUACCGUAUUUUUCGCUCUAUAAGACGUACCACACCACAAGACUCGCCUAGUUUUGGGAGGAGGAAAACAAGAAAAAAAAUAUUCUGAAUCUCAGAAGCCAGAACAGCAAGAGGGAUCGCUGCGCAGUGAAAGCAGCAAUCCCUCUUUCUGUUCUGGCUUCUGGGAUAGCUGCGCAGCCUGCAUUCGCUCCAUAAGACGCACACACAUUUCCCCUUACUUUUUAGAAGGGGAAAAGUGAGUCUUAUAGAGCAAAAAAUACGGUACUUAAAAAAAAAAAAAUUAUUAAAUGCAUUUAUGUCCCAGCUUUUUCUCCAACAACCCUGCCAGGUAGGUGAGGCUGAGAGGCAGCGACUGGCCCAAGGUCAUGCAAGGAGGCUGAGUGGAGGAUUUGAACCCUGGUCUCUCCCAGGUCCCUAGUCCAGCACUUUUCUAACCACUACACCACAUUGGCUCUCAAAUAUAUAUAAUAUAACUAUCUGGAUGGUAGAACAUCAGAUUUCUUGGCUCUCAGGAUUUUUGACUGGAGACGUUUUGAGACUUACCUGGGAUGUUUUGCAUGUAAAGCACAUGCUGUACCUUCCAAAUCUGGGGCAACAGCUCCCCUCUCUUCUGUCCCAAACUCCAGCAGAAUCCCUUUGCCCAAGCCAGCCCAAGACAUUUUGCUGCCUGAAGAUGCUCCGUCUCUCAUUCCAUGCACAGAAUCUGACUGGAGAGGCAGUUUAAUCUUACUUCCACACUGGCUAAGGCGACGGCAUCCUCCAGUAUACCCGAGGAAGGCAGGCUAGCCUAAGAGGCACGGAGCAAGCUAGUUUAGGGGGCACAGAGAGAAUAGUGGAAGGCCACUGACUCAAGAGGCAGCUGCUUCCCUCUUUCUAAUGAAAGGGCUGGCCAUGCCCUUCCCUUCACUCUCUUCACUUGUGUGCAACAAGGAAAAGCAGUUGGAAGUAAGGACAGAAAAAGAGGCUUGCUGGGUCAGGCCAGAGGAGGCCCAUCUAAUCCAGCGUCCUGUUCUCAGCGUGGCUAACCAGAUGUCCUGAUGGGAAGCCCCAGCGCAGGAUUUGAACACAAGACUGCUCUCCCCUCCUGUGGUCUCCAGCAACUGGAUAUUCAGAAGCAUUCAGAAGCAGGGCCCCCUAUUUUCCAGGGGCAGUCCUGGAUUAACAGAAGCUGCCCCGGUUUCCGAUUUGAUCCGGGAAUGUUCCACUUUUCAUUCGGGUGUCUCUAUUCUCAUCAGAGAAAUGGAGGGGACGUCUCUAUUUUCAUAGGGGAAAUGUUGGGAGGGUAAACUAUGAAACUUGCCCAGGAGGGGGCAGCGAUAACCACCAGUCUGGAUGGCCUUAAAAGAGGAGAGGGCUAUCGAUAGCUAUUGGACACAGUGGCUUUGCUCUGCCUCUGCAGCCAGAGGCAGUAAUAAUAAUAAUAAUAAUAAUAAUAAUAAUAAGUUUUUAUUUGUACACCGCCCAGUCUGGCUGGAUUUCCCCAGCCACUCUGGGCGGCUUCCAACAAAGGUUAAAAAUAUAUUAAAAUGUCACACAUUAAAAACUAAUAAUAAUGCUUCUGAAUACCAGCUGAUGAAAACAGCAGGGACUGGAUUGGUUCUCAAAUCCUGCAGGCAUCCGGUUGGCCACUGUGAGAACAGGAUGCUGGACUAGAUAGGCCUUUGGCUUGAUCCAGCAGUCCUCUUUUUAUGUUCUUUUAUGCUCAUAAGGCAGUUUGCUAUGUAGCUUGACACAAAUGGAAAAAUGAGCGAGGUCCCAACCAAAGAAGAAUGGGAACUUAAACAGCUUGCGGACCUAACAUAUAGAAUAAGAACAUAUGUUUAAAGAAGAUGGGAAAAUGUUUAUUGAAUAUAUUGGGGGGGGGGGGCCCUGCGUACACUUGAAAACAUUGGCAACGUUAAGAUAAAUUCAACAGUGUAAAUAAGCUUUGAUGGAUGUAUUAAUGGAAUGCUGAAUGGUUUAGUUUAUGUAAAAUAUGUUUUGUAAAAUGAAUCAUGGAAAGAGAAGAAGGGAAGUCAUUGAUAUUUGAAGGUUGUUUAAAUGAAUGUUUUAAAAUGUAAAACAGAAAAUUUAAUAAAAAGCAUACCAAAAAGAGAGGGGGGGCUUUUUUUUUUUUUUUUGGAAACUUAAUGCCCUGCUGGUUACCGCUGCUCCUGCUCACCUGGGGAGGGAGGGAGUGCCUCCUUCCCCGCCCCUCAAUGCUGCCGGCUUAGGUUCCAGCUGGGAGAGUUUCCUGGCAGAGACAGGCGAUGAGAGGAGGGGAAAGCCAGACCCAGCCGCUGCAGAGGCAAGUACCAGCAAGCCGGACGGCUCCUGCGCUGGCCGCGGAUUGCGGCCUGUCUGGGCCCAGCCUGGCAGGAGCGGCUUUCGAGCCCUUACUCACUGCAAGCCCCAGAGAUGCCCCACCUGCUUAGUCAAGGCUUUGUCACGGCUGGGAUGCCUCCUUCAAAUCCUCCCGGAGCCAUGAAUCAGCCAGCCAGCCAGCUGGGGACAGGCCCUCUCUGUCCUGCCCUGGUCUGCAAGACCUGGCUUGGGGGCGAAGUGGGGCCUUAGGGGUGAGUUUCUGGGGCUGGAGCGGCUGGCAGCCUCCUGCUGCCCUCCCAGCGGUUGCGUUUCCUCCGGGGAGGCUCCCUUGUCGCACCUGAGGCUUCUAUGUCCGGCCGGGAGAGUGGCAUUCGCUUUCAAGAUGGCCGUUGAAACAGCCAGCAGCUGUUGGUCCCUCCCUCGUUCUCCUCCUCCACUGUCUCUGGCUCUUUCUGCGCAUUUGCCACCGAUGUCUGGUUGCCAGCGGGUGCUGGGUCAAAUGAGUUUCAUCUCCCAUCUGAGCCACCUGCUGAUUCCGACUCCCCAUAUCUCCGGGGCUUCCUGUUGCUUCAGCUGCUGGCUCCGUGGCCCUUUCCCUCCCUCGCAGCUUCGAGUGCAGAGAAGGAAAAGCCUUGCAGGAGACUGCUUUCAGCAAGGCUCGGACUUGGGGGCUGCCACGUGGCCUGCUGGCUUUUCAGCCAGGAGCCUGCCUGGCUGCCUUGGUUUGUGUCUGAGGGGUGUCACUCUAGGAACAGUGCGAUGGGAGGGUGGCCUGGCUGUUGCACCUGGUAAGACAGACAGGCAUCACAUCGGCUCUGCAGGAAGUGUGGUGCUGCACCAGGUAGACUCCCGGCUGCCUGUUUGGGGUUAUGCUGGGGAGCUUUAAAAUGGCGGCAGUAACUCCUGUGCUAGGGAAAUCUUUUGCAGAAAACAUAUCAACAGGGCACCGAAAUGAUAAUAAUCGAGGCAAUAAAGUUGCAUCUUAAAGAUGCAAAUAAAGAUCAUUUGCAUAUGUCUACAGUGGUACCUUGGGCUAUAUACGCUUCAGGUUACAUACUCUUCAGGUUACACACUCCGCUAACCCAGAAAUAGUGCUUCAGGUUAAGAACUUUGCUUCAGGAUAAGAACAGAAAUCGGGCUCCGGCGGCACGGCGACAGCAGGAGGCCCCAUUAGCUAAAGUGGUGCUUCAGGUUAAGAACAGUUUCAGGUUAAGAACAGACCUCCGGAACGAAUUAAGUACUUAACCUGAGGUACCACUGUAGUUACUUUCCAUACUUUGAAGGACCAAGACCCCGAGGUGGUUUUUGCUGUCCCCCUUCCACUUCCUGGGCUGCCUUCUGGUAGGAAAUUCUCCUCAGACCCCCUCUGACUUUUUGUAUUUUGUCAAGGAAUUGCCCGUCUGUUUUUGAGGGUCUCUCAAAGGCUGGACCCUGAGGUUGUUGGUAAAAGAUGGAUGCUGGUGGACUGAGGUCACUGAAUGCUGAUUUCUGCUCUUGCUUUGUGCAACUGUGGAGUGGCUGAAUUGUCUGGCCUGCACCACAAUUGCUGUACAUUUUGCCCAUCAUGUCUGAGCAUGGAAAUCUGUAUGGCUUCCAGUGAAAUAGCACUUCUCUUUUCAGAUAUCAUAGAGUUGUAGAGUUGGAAGGGACUCUGGGGGUCAUCUAGUCCAACCGCCUGCAAGGCAGGAAUCUCAACUGAAUCAUACAUGACAGAUGGCCAUCCAACCUCUGCUCAAAAACCUCCCAGGAAGGAGAGUCCAUCACCUCUCGUGGGAGCCUGUUUCACUGUCGAACAGCUCUUACUGCCAGAAAACUUUUCCUUUCUUGUAACUUAAAUCCAUUGGUUUGGGUCCUAUCCUCCAGAGCAAGAAAAAACCCAAGAAGAAAUGUGGGCACUAUUUACAGUCGGGGGAAAAUCCAGGAGACCCCAGUUCAAAUCCCUACUCAGCCAUGAAGCUUACUAGGUGACUUUGAGCCAGUCACUAAUCUCCCAGUCUCAGAGGGUUGUUGCGAAGAUAAAAUGCGGGCACGGGGGGAGAAUCGCUCUUGGAGAGAAGGGAGGAUAGAGGCAAAAUAGAAACACAGAAUUGCAGAGUUGGAAGGGACCCUGAGGCUCAUCUAGUCCAACCCCCUUGCAAUGCAGGAAUAUGCAGCUGUCCCAUACGGGGAUCGAACCUGCAACCUUGGUGUUACCAGCCCUGCACUCUAACCAACUGAGCUAUCCAAGCUGACAUGAAUAGCAUACUGCAAAACGUCUGUGAUUGCAGCUUGGCAGUACAAAGUUUGGGGUGCACAGCAUUUGGAUGAAAUUUGGAGCAUAGGAAGGUGCCUUAUAUACCGAGUCAGGCCAUUCAUUGGUCCAUCUGGCUCAAUAUUGUCUUCACUGACUGGCAGCAAUGGCUCUCCAGGGUUUUCAGGCAGGGGACAUUCCUGUCUCUGCUUGGAGCUGGGGAUCGAACCUGGGACCUUCUGCAUGCGAAGCGGAUACCCUACCGCUCAGCUAUGGCCUUUCCCAUGAGGGUGGCUGGAACUUGAACUCUGAUGUGGCCCAAACUGUAUUGGGGCAGAUGGAAGUGUGGGUGAGCCUUUCUCAUCCCUUGACUGUUCUUGGUGACAAGCCACAGGAAACCGGCUGGUUCCCAAAUCCUGGAUUUGAAAUGAUUGUGCCCUGACAGAGGGUCUCUUUCAAGCUCGCCUUGGUCGAUUUUGAGGGCGAAUAUUCUGUGGGCUUUUGUCUGGUCAGCAUCCUUGUUCAUCACGCAGAGAUUAUGCAACGCUUCAGGCAGCAUCCAAUGGCUACCUCGGUGCAAAAUAAAACAUGUGCCUUUAAAAUAAAGUAAGAGUGUAGUCCUCUUGGUUUUGGAAAGGAGGUCGACCUAGUCUUUUGUCAAGCCACAGUAGUAGUUCAGUAGCAGUGAAUAUUGGGCAGCUGAAGAAGUUAUAUCAUUGCCUUUCACUUCAGUUUUGAUAAUAAGCUUCAGGUCCAAAAUAUAAAUGGCGAAUUUCAAAUUCAGGGUUGACAGUGAAAAAUCUGAAUUUAAAAACCUGACAGACCCUUCAGUGUUUGGCUCACAGACCAAAACAAACAAAAACGAAAACAAACGGUUAGCCAAUUUCUAGCCAAACCUUCAAAUAUUUGCUGAAUAUUCUCCGUAUUUCAAUAAAUCAAAUGCUGCUUUCAGCAUUUGCCAGUGUAGGAAAGGUAGGCAUGGCUUGGUGUUGAGGAAUUUGACUGAAUUGACAGCUGACCUGCAAUGGCAUAUUUUAUAUUUGACAUGCAAUGGUGUUCAGUAGUUUGCUGAAAGCUUAUGAGGUUUCAUAUUUGAACUGCCAAGAAGGGCCAAAGCGCUCAGAUUUUAGCCUGGGACACCGACAUUUCACCUUCAAAACAGGGAUGAGAACAGAAAUGUUAAGCAUUUUUAAAUAUUGGUUUUAGGUUUCAGCAGAGGCAAUUCCAGUAGCCUGGGCUGCACUGCCCCCUCCUGGAUCAAUCUGUCAUCUCCAGCUCCCUAAGGUGCCGGAUUCAAUUCCUGCCUGCUGCACUGUGGUCUCAACUUCUGAUAUAAGCACAUCUGAGACAGAGGAGGCCAUAGCCUGUCAGAGGCAGCGAUGCUUCUGCAUCCUCAGGAGGGGAGAGGGCUCUUUUGCUCAGACCCUGCCUGAUGGCAUCCUAGUGAUUGGCCACUGCAAUAACAGGAUGCUGCACUAGAUGGGGCAUUGACCUGGUCCAGUAGGUCCUCUUUUUCUGUGCUUGUGCCAUUGUUGUACAUGAGGUCACAGGGCAUCAGGCAGCCCUCAGCCCGACUCGGAUGUGUGCUUAAAAAUAGCUCUCUGGGGUUGCUGAGCAGCCGCAGGCAUCCAGGGUGUCCCUCACAAUCGCAGGAAGCCUUGUAGCCGCUCUUGCAUUGUUCUGCUGCAGACACUUGCUUCCGGCGCCUGUGUGGGGAGGAGCUUUGGUAGGCCAGGGCCACCAGCAGACUCCUCUGUGAGCCCUGGGGGUGGGGUGGCGCACGUUACUUCAGGCACGAAGGACUCAGGUACCCCUCCUGUGACAGGGGCUGGGACGUGGGUGGCAGGGCAUGAAAGGCCAGCUUUUUACGAAUGGUGAGCUAACAAGGGAGCGAAAACAGCUUGGGGGUUUGCACAGAGGAGAUGUGCAGGCAGCCAAAGGGAGAUCCAUCCCCCAGUGGAAUGGAAGAGAAGGAGGAACGGAGAGAUGCGGCGACAAUCUGGAUUGCAAAUGAAUUUGCGAAAGAAAGAGAAACGCAAAGGGAGCUGUUUCCCUGUAACCUGUGCAUCUGAACGAUGUAGAAGGUGAACCCACUUGCAGUUGGAAAGUGGUGCAUGCCAUUCUCCCAUCUCAUUCAAGCACAGGGGUCAGCAAACUUCUUCAGCAGGGGGCCAGUCCACUGUCCCUCAGACCUUGUGGGGGGGGCGGACUGUAUUUUGAAAAAUAAAUAAAUGAACGAAUUCCUAUGCCCCACAAAUAACCCAGAGAUGCAUUUGAAAUAAAAGCACACAUUCUACUCCUGUAAAAACACCAGGCAGGCCCCACAAAUAACCCAGAGAUGCAUUUUAAAUAAAAGGACACAUUCCACUCAUGUAAAAACACGCUGAUUCCCGGACCGUUCACGUGUCGGAUUUAGAAGGCUAUUGGGCCAGAUCUGGCCCCCAGGCCUUAGUUUGCCUACCCAUGUUCAAGCCUUUAAACCUUGAAAUUCACGUGGGGUGGGGUAAACGAAUCAUCGAGAAACUAAUUUGGGCUUAUCCUGGUUGGAAAUGAAUUGGAGAAAUCUGGGAUGGCUAGGAAGAGGAAUGAAGCUGGCUUGCUUCUGCUGAUACAGUAUAGAAGGUCUACAUUUGCAUCUGUACAGGAAAAAACCCAUCAUUUUGCAAAAGGUUUUGCGUUUUUGCAGCAUCAGUCAAGGGAGGGCAAGGUGCCCUUAAAGAGUGAGCAGGGAAUCAGCUGUGGACUGGGGCUCACAUCACCGCUGGCCUGUUAGCUCUGCUGCCAACAUGACUGCAGGUGAUGGAUGUUGGAAAUCCAAACCCUGCAUCAGGGAGAUGCCUCUCCUCUUGGUCCUGGAAUUAGCCCCUGGCUUGACCUUGCUGUUUCUCUCUCCCCUCCCUCUGCCAGGUAUGCCACCACGCCGAGUGCCAGCAGCUGAACCACAACAGCCCCCUCCACUUGUGUGAAGCGUGUGACGGACGCUUCCACGGUGCCAUGCAUUUUGACGGGCACAUCCGCUUUGACCUGCCGCCGCAAGGUGAGGGGAAAAGCCCAAGUCACGCGGCUGGGUCAAGGACAACUUGGCACGGCCUCCUUUUCACAGGGCUUGUCCGAAGUUCCUAGACAGAGGUUGGAUGGCCACCUGUCAGAGAUUCUUUAGCAGUGAUUCCUGUCCAUGGAGGCGCAGGUUAAUUCUGUGUCCAGGGCGGCUGUCUACCAGCUCCACCUGGUAUGCAGGCUGGGACCCUACUUGCCCGCAGACUGUCUCGCCAGAGUAGUGCAUGCUCUAGUUAUCGCCCGCUUGGACUACUGCAAUGCGCUCUAUGUGAGGCUACCUUUGAAGAUGACCCAGAAACUGCAAUUAAUCCAGAAUGCAGCAGCUAGACUGGUGACUGGGAGUGGCCUCCGGGUCCACAUAACACCGGUCCUGAGAGAUCUGCAUUGGCUCCCAGUACGUUUCCGAGCACAAUUCAAAGUGUUGGUGCUGAUCUUUAAAGCCCUAAACGGCCUCGGUCCUGUAUACCUGAAGGAGCGUCUCCAUCCCCCUCGUUCAGCCCAGACACUGAGAUCCAGUGCCAAAGGUCUUCUGGUGGUUCCCUCAUUGCGAGAAGUGAGGUUACAGGGAACCAGGCAGAGGGCCUUCUCAGUAGUGGCACCCACCCUGUGGAAUGCCCUCCCAUCAGAUGUGAAGGAAAUAAGCUAUCUUAUCUUUAAAAGACAUCUGAAGGCAGCCCUGUUUAGGGAAGUUUAAUGCUGUAUUGUUUUUAACACUCGAUUGGGAGCCGCCCAGAGUAGCUGGGGAAACUCAGCCAGAUGGCAGGGUAUAAAUAAUAAAUUAUUAUUAUUAUUAUUAUUAUUAUUAUUAUUAUUAAUUAUUAGGGAUGACCCAGGGGAGGUAACCUUCCAACUCUGCAAUUCUAUGAUCUCUUUCCAAAUGGCUUAGCUGGUGUGCUCUUCAGUGGGCUUCUCCCCGCCCCCCCGGGCAACACAGUGAGGGCUGGAUCCUUCAUGGGCUAUGUCUUCAGCGCUUUUCUCCCUUCCAGGUUCUAUCCUGGCCCGGAACGUCUCCACACGGUCGUGCCCACCACGCACCAGCCCUGCCUCAGAUGUGGAGGAGGAAGACGAAGGGCUGAUUGAUGGGAAAGGGUGAGUGGAGGGGAGGGCUGGCCGGCCCAGGAGGCGCUCACAACAGGAGAGCUCCCCUCACUUAGAAAACUAGUGUCUCAGGGAGAAAGGGUCCAGUCUAGCCUUUUCCCUGGUGCAUUAUUUUAUACGCAUACAUACCACUAGUGAUUCAUUAAAAAAAGGGGGGGGUGAAAUAGCAGGGCAAUUUACAAUUAUACAAAAAAAACAAAACAAAAACCCACACCAUAAAAAGCAUACUUAAAAAGUUGAAAUCAGAAAAUAGCUAACAAUUGUGGAAGGGCGCAUUCUCAAUUGCUGGACUGAACAAAAACUAUUCCAGCAGGCGUUUUAAAAGUUGAAACAGAAGGCGCUUGCAAUUUCAUUUGGCUUUCUUAGUGGGGGGUGUCUGGUGGGGAAUUUGUGCCAUUUGAAAAUCUACUUUGAACAAAAAAACAAAAAACCCUGGUACAAUCCACUGGGAGCUGUAUUGCACACCCCCACUCGACACGUCGGUCAGCUUGAUAGGAAUUCUGCAAAGGCGUUAAUAAACUGUAUGGGAGCUGGUGGGGCAGAACGUUUCCUGCAUCAGAGGGGAAAGUUGUGCCUGCCUUCCCUUGCUGUUGUGGGGCAAUAUGAGGGGGACCUUCUAACUCCUUUCUGUCUGCUGGCUGGUCUGUUUCAGGGACAGGAAGAGCUCAGCCUUGAAGCUGCCAAAGAAGAAGGCUCGCAGGAGGCACACUGACGUAAGGAGGCCACUUGCGCUCAUUCCAUGACUGCACCUUGCUAUCACUCUGAAACCCUGGGAAUUGGGUCUGGCCUCAUCCUGUGCAGGACCCUAGAAGUCACAGAGGCCUCUUUGCAUGCCCUGCGGAGGGCAGGAGGGGUGGGAAUGUGCCCUGGUGGUCCUCCUCCACGCGCUAAGAAAUUGGGGUGGGACAGAGGCCUGGCGACUGUUUUGAAUUCUGGCCGACAUGCUCCUGCGUUUCUCCCACAGGACCCUAGCAAGGAAUGCUUCACCUUGAAGUUUGAUCUGAAUGUGGACAUUGAGACGGAGAUCGUGCCAGCCAUGAAGAAGAAGUCCCUGGGGUAAGGAGGGCAGAGAGCAGCUUAGCCUGGGGUGCAAGCUGGGUGGGGGCUUCACUCGUUUUUGGGAGCCUAGGAAAGCUGUGGGUCCAAGGCCUCAACUGGAAACAGCUCCAGCAAUCCUGAGCCCAUCAGUUCAGUGCAGGAUCCUAACCUGCUCCCAACACCUGAUGUUCGGAGGGCAAAGGCCUGGCUAGUUCUGUUGCUGAAGUUCUGACUGCUCUGCUUGGAAAUGGGUGUGGGAAAACAAAGGUAGGUUAGGCUGAGAGUGAGUAACUGGCCCCAAGGUCACACCUAUCUGAACAGGAAGGUCUUUGUAGCCUGUCAGCAGAAGGAUAACAAGGAGGGAGCCAGUCGGUUCUCUUUGAGGAGGGAAUCCCACAAUUUAGGAGCCACCACAAAAAAGGCACUUUCUCUCUCAUCUCACUGCUGGCUGUGCCUCUAGUGUUGAUGGGACCAAGAGAAGGUGCUGACCCAAUGAUCUUAGCGCCCAGGCAGGUUUGCAUUGGCAGCUACGACCUUCCAGGCAUUCUGAGCCCAAGCUAGUUCCAACACAUCGAUUAACUGGCAGCUCCACUUACUGGUUCUCUCUCUUUUCUUUUAAAACCCAGUGAAGUGCUGCUGCCGGUUUUUGAGAGGAAGGGAAUCGACCUGUCUAAAGUGGACAUUUACCUGGACCAGUCCAACACGCCCCUCUCACUCAACUUCGAGGCCUACCGGUUUGGAGGACAUUACCUUCGUGUGAAAGGUAGGCUGCUGUGUGUCUCUCCUGAGGCUGAUGGGAGAUGUUGUCAGAGGGCUCCAGGUUGGGAAAGCCUUUUUGGCAAUAUGAGAGGGACCAUUCUGUCCAGAAUUGCCCUCCAGACCUGUCCCAUGGCCUCAUCUUCUGCAUUGCAGCCAAACCUGGGGAUGAACUCAAAGUGGAGCAGGCGGUGAAGGACUUCAAGUCGCUGAGUUUGCCUAUCCUCCGUCCUGCGGGCACUGGCCCGUCCUUCCCCAGCACCCCCUCUCUCGACCGCCUGGAGCAGUUGUCGCUUCGAAGGGAGAGUACCGACAUCCUGGUGAGUAGGGGAAAAGAGAUGGGGUGGACAGGAGUAGGGACCCUGCCCUUGAGAUCGAGGAAGCCUGUGGGUCUGCAACUUGCGCUGCUCAUUAUUUCUCUGUUUGUUUCACUCCAUCUCAUAAUGUUUGUGCUAAGGCAAAAACCCGAGCAAUAUAAAACCAAGCAAGGUUUCUUGUUCGUUUGUCAGCAAGAAUUUGUUUAUCAAUAGCAAUGCAGAGUCAAAAGCACAAACAGGAUUACUUGCAGCCUUAUAACAGUAUAUAUUUACAGUAGAUAAUUGAGCAAGUCAAAUGAAUUUGGAUAUGCCAAAGAUAUUGAAAAAUAAAAUUUUAGGAACUGCAGAAAGAAGGGGAAGGAAGUCAAAUUUUGAAAUGUGAAAUUGAUUGUAAAACUAAUGAAAUGUAUAAAUUUGAAAAGUAUAAAUAAAAAACAAGAAGGACAUCAGUUGAAAUCAAUGAAACAUAGGAGUGAUGCCAAGGAUGUAAAUAAUCAAAAGCAGGGAACUCAUUAAAAAAAAAAAAAAAGUUAAGCACAUCAUGAAAGCCACACUAAACAAUUGAUUGAAUCUAUAUUGAAUCUUAUGAAUCUAUACACAUAUGCCUAGAUGCAAAUUUAGAAAUGAUCACUAUAAUUUAAGUCGAAAUGCAAUCCAUCUUCCUGUUUCAGGGAAGACUGUGACUCUGUGACCUGCGUGCUGCCUGCUGCCCCAGGUACAGCAAAGGCACCUGUCUGUACCCAGCAAGGAGUUCCCAAAAGUGAUUUCUGACAAAUGUAUAUUUUGGUUUUAUGAUAUUCUGGAAACUGACCCUGGGCAGGAGUAAUGGUCUUGUACUGCCACCCUCCCAACAGGGUAGUAGAGGGGCAGCAGUUAGGUUAGGCCUUUUUGGGUGCAUUCCAGUAGCUGGUCUGGUGCUCUGGCUAGUGCAUUCCUCCCAAAAAAUCUGGUGAGCACCAUUGCAGGGCUGGAGGCGCAACACCAUUCCCAUGGGCCAGAGGUUGCUCUUGGUCCUGGGAUCAUUCUCAGUGAUGGAGGGCAGUCUGCAAAUCGAGGUACCAGGCAAAGACAUAGAAAGAGGUGCUUGGCUUUGCUCCUGCUGCCCAGGUCCUGUUUUCAGCCUUCCCAUGCAUCUUCUCGCUUCCUUUGGCAGCCUGACGCUGCUGAGAUUUUCCUGCAGCACGUUUGUGUUUGUGUUGACUGCACAGCACAGCAGAGGGGUGGUCCGGCUUGUGUCAGGAGGAAAUGAAUUGUUUGCCAUCCGGUUGUGAGUGUGUCAGGGAUACCCGGGCGAGGAGGCAGACACGAGGCAUGCCCGCCUCUCGUGCACGUCUGAGCCUUUGUCUGUUUUGCACGAGAGAGUUGUGUGUCACUCAGCAUGACAGAUUGCCUUCCGUGCCUCAUGCGGCGUUGGAGCAAGACUCUAGGCGUGGCUCUGCUCUGUGGGAGGAGUGGAUGGAUCUGUCAAAAUGGAUAUAUUUGUGCAAGCCGUUUCCCCUAACGUAAUGCAUUUCUGUACGCUGCUUUUCAACACACCUGCUCCUGACACAUAAUAUGCGUCAUUUGGAGUGCCAUGAAAUUUGGAGAAGUGCAAAUUUCAAAGGGUGGCUGUGUUUCGCUUUGAGUAGUGCUUCAGGAAGUGUCGAUUGCGGAGGGUCGCCUUCAAAUGUCAGUCGAGCUGAACUUUCCCAGUAUGUUUCUGGGGUGCCUCAGUGCGCAUGUGGAGGGACUUUGCUUAUUCACCCCCUUGCUGUGGUUCCUGUAUUCGUUAGGACCUAAGAAGAGCCUGCUGGAUCAGGCCUAUGAUCCAUCUUGUCUAGCACCCUGUUUUCACAGUGGCCAAGCAGAUGUCUCUGCUGGCAAGCCUGCAAUCAGGAUCUGAGCUCAACAACACUCUUCCUUUCCUAUGGCUUCCAGAAACUGGUAUUUGGAAGCAUUUCUGCCUCCGACUGUGAAGGCGCAGCUUAUCAAUCAUGGCUACUUGCCAUCAAUAGCCUCCACCCCCUUCCCACUUCCCACUUCCUCAAUAGCCUUUCCCCUUAUAAUUUGGUUGUAAUUAAUUAAUUCACCCUCAUUGUAACCUGUCUGCUUUGUGGCAGUCCAAACCACCCCAUUCCCAUCAAUGGUCCCUCUUAAGUUCUCAUCCAGCAAUGUCUGGGUGGAAAUAUUAAGGCUGGGGUUCCCUACACGGCUGCAUCGUCCCAUAUCCACUUGUCUGUUGCUUGCUUGGCGUCUGAGAGGAGAUGUCCUCCUUCACAGCCCAUCAGUGGCAGAGGACAGUGGUGUAGCGUGGGCUGCCAGUGCCCAGGGCUGUGCAGAGGGUGGUGGUGGUGGGAGGGAGGGAAAUGGACAGAGUCCACAUGUGCAUUCAACUAUAUCACCCACAGAGAUAAGAAAAGAAGAACCAUUCUGUUAUCUGGAGAGGUCGCUUCCUGGUUCACAUGGAGAAGCUGUUUUCAGUGGAGCCCAGUGAUGGAAGCUCACAGCUGUAUUGAGGCAGCACUGUGUGUUCAAAUUUUGCACCCCUAACAAAUUUUGUGCCUGGGGCAGCUGCCUCUAUCACUCCUCCACUCUACGCCACUGGCAGAGGAUGUGAGCCAGAGGAGGGAGCUUCUCUGGUCACUCAGCAUCCCUCCUGGCUUGCUGUGGUGGCUGGUACCAGGGACGGAGCGACAGGGGUGUGAUAGGGGCGCUCUACCCUGGGUGCCACCACUAAGGUGGGUGGCAGGUCCUGGGUGGCACUCACCAUGGGGCCUGCAGUGUGCUCGACCCAUGCGUCUCUCCUGGGAGUGACGUGGUGGCUUGGGCAUGCGCAGGCUCUGCUGCCGAAAAGCUCCGCCUGCUGCCCCCCCAGCUGUAGGGCAGCUAAGGGGGAGGAGGCAGGCAGACUCCUCGGAGCCCUGCAGGUGGCUGGCCCCGCCCCCGUGCUCUGCUGGCCCCGCCCCUGCUGCCCCCACGUGCCCCUGCCCCUGCCCCCCGGGCACCCAGUCGGCUUGCUCCGCCACUGGCUGGUACCCUUUCCGACAAGCAGAGCAGAGGGCAGGGAGAGAUCCACAGUAUGUGCAGACACGUCUAAAGGCAGGCAGAACUGCAGAGGAGCUUAGAGCAAGUGUUGGGUAUGUGCCCAGGGUGUUUAUUUGCUCCUCUCAACAGCAGGUAGCCAAGGCAAGCAACUGUCCCUUAAUGAGUGCUAAUGGGAUCAGAGCCUUUGCUACGCAGGGAGCUCACCAGACUCCAGAUUAUCACGUCAUGCGGCUGAUCUUUAUUAGAUUUAAUGUAGCAGAGACACCUUGUGUCUCAAGUCCUGCGCCCAGGCGCCACCAGAGCCCCAGAUGGGUGCAGCGUUUGCUACCUGAAGCCCAGGUUUGCCCCAUCCCAUAUUAAAUGGGGAGAUGGUGUGCUCUGGUUUAAAACAAGCAAACAGACAAAGAAACCAGGAAAAAUGUCCCCCAACAGGAAAGGACUGAAGAUCCUUCUCUUACCACCCAAACCACUUUGCUUCUAAGUCUAUCCAUAGGUUUUAUUUAUUUAUUCGAUUUAUAUCCCACUUUUUUCUCCAAGGACACAGUUCCAGUGAAGUGGAACUGGUCUGUGACAGUAAUAAUAAAUUCAUUCAUUCACAUUGUUCAACCCUCCUUACUGAAUCUCCACAACAACCCUGUGAGGUAGGUUGGGCUGAAAGGCAAUGAGUUGCCCAAUAUCACCUACUGAGCUUCCUGGCUGAGUGGGGAUUUGAACCCUGGUCUCCCAGGUCCAAGUCUGACACUCUAGGCACUACACCAAACUGGCUGUAUAUCCUUUCUGCUCUCUCUCUCCCCCCCUUACAUCCUUCUACUCUGGAGCCACCCAAGGAGGUUCAGGGGGGAAAAAGAAUAACAAUUAAAUACAGUUAUAUCCUGCCAUAAAACCAGCUUAAAAAUUAACAGUGAAAAGAAAACAGAGAUGGCAGAUGGCCAUUCUCAAACACUGACUCCUUGGCAGUCCUGGGAAAGGGAAGACUUGAGUGUGAACCAUAAUUGGGGAAUAAUUUGUGCCCCUUCCUCAUUGCCCCUUUUUUUGUAAAAAUCAGCCCUCCCACGUUACCCGAAACGAGGCAGGUGCACAUUAAAAUAAUUGGUUCUGUCCUAAACCCAUCAUGCACUUGCUGGUCAUCUUCAACUGUCUGAAGGCUUGUCACACAGAAGAUGGAGCAAGCUUGUUUUCUACCUCUCCAGAGGGGAGGAACUGAACCAAUGGAUUCAAAUGGCAAGGAAAGAGAUUCCAACUAAAUGUUAGGAGAAGCUUUCUGAGGGUAAGAGCCAUUUGAGAGUGCCACGGACAACCUCAGGAAGUUCAUUGGAAAUCAUUAAAAGAGAGGUUUGCUGCCUACCUGCCAAGGAUCCUUUAGUUGCAAUUCCUUCACCCCAAGGACCCUUCGAGGUCCCUUCCAGCUCUAUGAUUCUGUGAUUCUAUGGUUCCACCUCCUUUCUUGCCUGCUGCUCCCGUGUCCAGAAAUAAUAUAUUGAGAGCCAUCGGUGCCACAGCAUCGGUAGGCUGUAAAGUAAUCUUUUAAUGAGAAGAAACUUCAACACUGUGAUAUCAUUUUGAAUAAUGUUACCGUACGCCACCUCAUUUUGUAUAAAUUGCUCUUUAGUUAAGGCUGCAAAUUUGCAUGCCGGUGCGACUCUGACUUCCGAGUGUGUUACUCGGAAGUCUAUGCCUUUCCCAAAUCUUACCUGCUUGGCCCAAAUGGGAAAAGCCCAACAGGCCAAUGCCUACGUGGCUCUUGCUUUGUAGGAGAUUUCUUAAAGCCGGUGAGAGAUGUUUUUGUGUGCUGCAUUCCUGCAAUAGCCCUCUGUUACGGAAAAUCUAGGUGCGAGGCUGCUCAGUCACCCAGCUCAUCAGGCAGAGCCCUGUGGAAUAAAGGAAGGAGUCCAGCCACCAACACUUUGCUGUAGACCAAAGUUUAUUGUGCAACAGGUUCAAAGGGGAAUUUUGAACACUGAGGAUGGGGUGAGAAGGACUUUUAAAAGUUUCUAUCUUAUCCCAGCAUACAGUUCAUUAAACAUCAUCACUACAUCAUUGCUACAUGAGAAAAGGGGAGGGUUAUACAUUAUUAACAUAGGAGGAAUGUGUUGGGGCAACAGGGUGAUAUAGGAUAUGUAUUGGGAAAUAGAUUCUAAGCACCUACUGCAAAUGGACAAUAAAACUUUGGUUUGCGUAGUCUGCCACCUGGGCAAGUCUGGAGGAGUGCCUUUGCCUAGCGAUUGACACCUAUGAGUACCUUCCUGUAAGUAUGUGACCUCCUGCCUGAGGGAUUAUGGCGGGGACCAAGUGGUUUCCAAGUCCUUGGCCAAUGAAGCAAAUUGGUGGUGGAAUGCAGGAAACUGGCAAAGGAGCUGAUUUUAUAUGAUUUUUAAAGCUAGGUAACUUCCCUGAGCUGUCAAGUCGAAAGGGUACGUUUGUGCACAAUAUUUGUAACAUUUAACAACUUUAAAGAUGUGCCCCCCCCCGUAAUUUCUGUAACACAUCGAAGGAAUGGAGCGGAUCCCAGGUGAGGAAAGGUGGCAGGAUUAGGGACUGUUUAGAGAAAAGGCAAGUAAGUUUAUAAAAUUAUGCGUGGCCUGGGGAAAGUGGAUCGAAAGAUGUCCCCCCCCCCCAACACUAGAGCUCAUGGACAUUCAGUGAAGCUGAAUGUUGGGAGGUUUGGGACAGACAAACAUAGUUUGUUAAACUGUGGAACUCACUCCAACAGGUGGUAGUGAUGACCACCAACCGAGAUGCAUUAGACAAAUUCGUUGAGGAGAGGGCUGUUGAUGGUUGCUAAGCAUGAUGACUGUGCUCUGCCUCCACAGUUGGAGGCAGCAAUGCUUGUGAAUACCAGUUGCUGGAAACAGAACAGGUGUUUGGAGAAGGCUCCUGUGUUCGGGUCCUGCUUGUGGAUUUCCCAUAGAAGCAACUGGUUGGCCACUGUGAGAACAGGAUGCUGGACUAAGAUGGGCCAGUGGCAUGAUCCAUCUGGUUCUUCUUAUGUUCAUAUACAUAAUAAUAAUGGUGAUAAUAAGCCGGACCCAAACACAAGAGCAACCUUCCCUUUUGUGGCUUCUGGCAAAUGCCAUUCAGAAGCAUACAGGAACCAGGUCCCCCACUGUUGGGGCAAAAGAACCUCCAGCAAUAUCUCCCUAUAUACAUAAAAAUGUAAGGCUGUCAUCACCCAGUCCCCAUUGGAGAAUUUAUAGUGCCGCAGCAGAAUCCUGGAUUUGUAUGAAGCCGUGGCAGAGGAGGGGUUUGAGUGUCACAGGGGCCAACCAGGUGCCCUGUUGGGAAGCCCACAAGAAACACCUAUACCAUCCAACAUUUCUCCAGUGAAAAUAGGGAUGUCCUAUUCUAUAAUAAUAAUAAUAAUAAUGUUAUUUUUUAAACCCUCCCCAUCUGACUGGGUUUCCCCAGCCACUCUUAUGUCAUUUCUCCUCUGCUUGGCUGUAGUCAGAAGAGUGAUGAAGGAAUGGGAGGAAGCACAAGGUCUGCAUCCUCACUCUGUGUACCUUUGAGUACCAGAAAGAGGGUUUGUUUGUUUGUUUGUUUGUGUGUGUGUGUGUGUGUGUGUUUUGCAGCAGGUGUUUUGCAGCAGUGGCUGUCCACUGUUGGAAACUGGAUGCUGUGCUGGAAGGAUCUUCUUAUCCUUGAUUUUGCAGUACACUGUUUGUGCAUGUGUGUGCACAAAACAGGGUGCACAACACCCAACCCCUCAAUCUGUUUUAUCUCGUUAGGACACAUCUGUACCGCUUAAUCAUUUGCAUUGCUAAGCAGUGUACAUAAAAAAACAGGAACUGGGACGUUAAAACAGCAACAACUAUAAAAAACCUAUCAUAAAUCCAAACAUAACCUUGGAAUGUCUGCUGGAGCAAGAAAGGCUUAGUCAUGCGUCUGAAGUUCUGCUAUGUUUCAGUUAAAGCUAUUCUAUUGGUUAACUUAACAAACAAACAAACAAACAAACAAACAAACAAAUCAGGAUCAUAAGAACAUAGGAUUUAGGGUAUUGGAGCACCUUCCCUAAGGCAAUGCCACUAAAGUGUUGGGCACUUUUGAGUGAGCAUAGGGAAAACUGAGAACAAGUGUGCUCUGCAACAAAAUGUUGCAGUGCUUACUCCUCUCUCUGGCUUGUGCUUUUGUUCAGGGUUCUGGCCUGCCAGCUAGCCAGCCAGUCAGCUGUAUCCUACAAACUGUCAAGAGACUCAGUCGGGACACUUCUAUCUUUCUCUCCCCCCCCCUUUUUUUUGUUUGUUUUACCUUUCCAACUGAUAUUCAAUACUCUGUGACUUCUAAGGACUCUCAAUCCUCAUAGGGCUGCUUUUUUCGGGGUGGGCUUUUUUCGGGGUGGGCUGUAUACCCCCUUAGGCUUCUUAUUUAUUUUUUGCUGCUUCUGCAAACCUGGGAAUAUUGAGGUAGACUGCCUCUGAGCACAGACGUUCCAUCUAGCUAUCAUGUCUGGUAGCCAUCGUUCAAUGUUCUUAAAGCUGCGCUUUAGGGACAUGAAGGAAGUCCUGUUGGAUUGAACAAAAUGUCCCUCUAGUCCAGUGCCAGCUUCCCACAGUGGGCAGCCAAAUAUCUCUGCAAAGUCCACAAGCAAGCCUCUCCUGUCUCUGCUCCAAUGAUACGGAGAUCUGUUCCUGUUUCAAACAUUUCCCCUACUUCAGCUCCUCCCCACUCCUGCUGCACUCCCUCUUUCCCCAAAGUUUUGCGGGGAGGCUGGGCUGUGAUGCUCAGGUUUCUACAGAGCAGCUUGUGACUGCUUCUUGCACUCUGAACCCCAUCUAGCCACCCCGCCCUGCCAGCUGUCUGUUGGGCUGGCCCGGCCCCUACAGCUCCUUCCCUGAUCUUUGGAUUCCUGCGGGCGGCUGUGCCAAGCUGCCUGCCAGCCUGCCUCGGAGGUGAGCUUGGAAACCUCGCCCCCAUCCAGCUUGUGGUCGAGGGCAGCUUCUCAAGUAGGAUGCGGUUUCUCUCCAUGGCCAGCCGGACUUGGAAACCUUUGGAGCCGAUCUGCUGCCUGCUUUGGCCUCUGUGCUGGGCUUGAAGAGCUGGAACUGAUCUCAGGGGGAAAGGGCUCCUUUGGUCCCUCACCCCAUCCUCUCUCGGCCUGACAUGGUUUGGAGGCAGCAACAGCCUCGCAGCCUCACCUUGUGGACAUGCUGAGCCCCAGAUGGACCACAUGGAAUGUCCCCACUCAUUUCAGUCCACCCAGGACCUCCCAUCUUAUCCGCUUCUUCCGUUUCCCUGAUGAGCCCCCUGGCAGAGAGCCGCAGAGAGACAGCCAGCCAGCUGUGGCCCCAGGAUUUGUUGCCUCUAGGAUCAAGAUAUAUAAUUCUCAGCUGGCUGAUCCUGCAGUUUGUCAAGAAGCGGUGAGGUCUGGAGGAGCCCCAGGCGUCAAGGAGGAAGAGCGCCCCGGCUUGCAAGCACACUCCCUGAAAAGACAGCAAUGGGGUCCAACAGAACCUGGGGAUGGGCCUGGCACUGGAGAGAAACGGCGGCUGAGUGUGAGUUGUCCUGGGCAGAGAGGAGGGAUCUCAAGGGAACAGCUGGGAGUGAGAGAGGAGGAUGGGUGGUUCUGAAAGGAACAGGGCAGCUGAUUCUCAAGUGGAGGAUGUGGAAAGAGAAAAGUUUUCUCUCCCUCUCUCAACACUAGAACUUGUGGGCGUUCGGGUGCAGCCUGAUGUUGGGUGCAAUUAUCUGUAUGGUGAAGGAGGCAGGAAUUGCUACCAGCUAAGAUGGUUUGUUGGGUGGCGCUGUGGGUUAAACCACAGAGCCUAGGGCUUGCCGAUCAGAAGGUCGGCAGUUCAAAUCCCCGCGACAGGGUGAGCUCCCAUUGCUUGGUCCCUGCUCCUGCCAACCUAGCAGUUCGAAAGCACAUCAACGUGCAAGUAGAUAAAUAGGUACUGCUCCGGUGGGAAGGUAAACGGGGUUUCCGUGCGCUGCUCUGGUUUCUCCAGAAGCGGCUUAGUCAUACUGGACACAUGACCCGGAAGCUGUACGCCAGCUCCCUCAGCCAAUAAAGCGAGAUGAGCACCGCAACCCCAGAGUCUGUCAUGACUGGACCUAAUGGCCAGGGGUCCCUUUACCUUUAAGAUGGCUUUAAAAGAGGAGUGGACAAAUACAUGGAGGAGAAGGCUGUCAAAGGCUGUUUGCCAGCUGCUGGAAGCAGCAAGAGGGGAGAGGGUACUCUUGUGCUCGAGUCCUGCUUGCAGGUUCCCCACCUGGUUGGCUGUUGCAAGAAGAAGAUGCUAGGCCCAAUGAGCCUCCUUUGUCCUGUUCCUGCAGGCUUUUCUUAUGUUCUUAGUGGUGCUGGCCGCUCCUCUGAUAGGAUGGGCAACUGUCAAUUUCAUAUUUCCCAUCGUUCAUGAAUCUUUUUCCUCCUCUUCAUGCGCAUGCACCUCAAAAAUGGAUCCUCUCUGCCUAUAAAAACAGGAGCUUUUGGGUCUCAGGGUUGCUUUGAAAUUGCAAGAGUUAGAAACCAUGCACCGAAUUUGGGCUCCAGCUGGAGCCAGUCACUAGCCAGUCUACCCUGAGCGCUAGAAAUUCAGUCAAUACCAGGAAUCCACGGUGGCAGGAAGAUCUUUGCAAGCUGGCAGGAGUGUGGACCUUUGACCGCCAGUUUCGAUUAUUUCUUGCUAUUCGGGGAAACAAGGGGGAAAACCAGGUUGACUUACCUGGCCUCUUCUUCUCCACUUUGUUAUAUAAUGGCCUUGGGCAGCAGCCAGUUUCUGGGGCGGUGGGGGGAGCGAAGGAGAUCCUUCCUCUUUCCUCUUAUCCUGGGUGGACUAAUUUGUUCUUUGCGCUUUCAGUUUCUUUAAGGGUAAACAUGCAGAGCAUUCAAACUUUGUACUGUAUGUGUGUAAGCUUCAUAUGAAAUGUGUAUAUUCUCUGCACAUAAUACUUAUAUGCACGCUUCAUUGUAAUCCUUGCAACAACCCUGUAAGGCUUUUCAUUAUUUUCUUUAUCAUUAAAGUUUAUCUCCUUUCGGGAUAAAGAUUAACAACUUAAUACAGUCACACCUCAGGUUACAGAUGCUUCGGUUGUGUGUUUUUGGGUUGCGCACCGCGCCGAACCCAGAAGUACAGGAACGAGUUACGUCCAGGUUUCGGCACUCGCAUAUGCACAGAAGCGCUAAAUCACGCUUUGCGCAUGUGCAGAAGCACCGAAUUGCGACCUGUGCGUGCGCAGACGCAGCGCUACAGGUUGCGAAUGCUGCAGGUUGCAAAUGUGCCUUCUACAUGGAUCACCUUUGCAACCUGAGCAUCCACUGUAAUAAAACAAUAUGUGAAAUUGUCAUCCCAAAACGACUUAGCCAAAUUCAUGGAGGAGAAGAGCUAUGCUACCACCCACAAGGGCUAUGCUCUGCCUCCACAGUCAGAGACAGUAGUGCUUCUGAAUGCAAGUUGCUGGAGACUGCUAGAAUAGCAUGAGACACUUAAUCUCAGGAUCAUGGGUUCAAGCCCCACAUUGGGGGAAAGAAGGAGGAGGAGGAUAAUAAUAAUAAUAAUAAUAAUAAUAAUAAUAAUAAUUUUAUUUAUACCCCACCCAUCUGGCUGGGUUUCUCCAGCCACUCUGGGUGGUUAUUCUUGCACUGCAGGGGGUUGAACUAGAUGACCCCCAGGGUCCCUUCCAACUCAACAAUUCUAUGAUUCUGUGAAGCCACAGAAGGAAUCCAGCUCUUCUGCCUGCUUAUGGCGUUCCCAGAAGAGGGAUCUGGUUGGCUGUUGUGAGUACAGGACACCUUUCACCCGAUCCAGCAAGCUCUCCUUAUGUCCCUAAGCUGAGUUGCUUUUGUAAAAGAAAGAAAAGUGGUUAAUAAUAAACUUAACUAAGAAUAAUAAUGGGGCAGCCAUGCCUGUUAGUUUCAGUGGGUCUGCUCUGAGUAUAAUUCACAUGGGAUUGAACCGCCUGUCGUGCAUCUCUUGAAUGCGCUCAAAGCAUCCGGACCCCGUGUUUGCCUUUGCGUCCAAACUGCUCUGCUUUUCAGCACUGGAGGCGGCUUCACAGGGGAAGGGGGUCCCCGUUUGGGGAAAACAGCCCUCCCACCCCCACAGGGCCUGGAACAAAGAGAGGAGAGGGGCUGUGGGGGGACCGGCUGGGAAAGGCCUCCAGCCUUUGAGGUGCAUUGUCUCCCUGUCAGCUGCCCGGCUCAGCUGGCCCUGAGGGCAGGCACCCUGUCACCCGGGGUGAGCUGCAUCGCGCAGUAAGGUGACCUUGGGGAUCCAGUUGUUUGUCCCAGCUGCUCCGUGGGCCCGGAGGAGGGAGAGUGUGCUGGAGCCUCUCUCCUCCUCCUCCUCCCCAUUGAGGCACUGGGGGGUGGGCAAUGGUGCCAUCCCCUACAGGUCUGCAGAACUGCUGCUGCAAAGGCUGCAGUAGCUUGCAGAUGAGCAGUGUUGGGUCUCUGCCUGCUGGACGCCUUUGAGCUGCAAGGCCCUGAUCCUGGAAGCUGCUGCUGCACCCUUGGGGUAAGGCUUGGCAUUCUCUCUCUCUCUUCCCACCCCCACUGCAACCCCUGGGGCAAUGCUUCUCCCUGCACCCAAAUUGGCCCGAUCCAUUUGCAUAUUUCAGGGGAGGAAUGAGGAUGGAGGCAGAGAGACCUUCCUAGAGACAGGUGAGGCAGGAAACUUGGGGAUGGAGGUGUCUGGUGUGACACCCCGUGUUCAUGGGGGCUCUUCCUGGGGAGUCUCAGCUGGUGCUCUUGUGGCUAAGUUCUCGGUGGCGAAGGGGAAGAGCUUUACUGGAAGGUUUUUCCUCAAGGUGCUCUGGUUUUCAAUCUGGUUGUUUUGAGGUUUUGCUGCAUUCGUCUCUGCUGAGGGGCCUGCCUCAGCAGCUGCCUUCUCUGCUCUCGGCAUUUUGCCGCUCUGUUGCUUUGAUUGCCACACAUCGAUGUUUCUCCCGCCUGAUGUCAGCGGCAGCCCAAUAAAUGUGACCAAAUAAAUGUGGCGCUCUUCAAGAUGCCACGCGACUCAGUCAACGGUCUUUGCCUCCAUUGGGGUUUGUUUCCUGUUCUAUUGAUUUUGUUGCAAAAUCAAUACAGCACACUUUUCUUUGGAUGCCACAGGACUAUGUUUAACAUUUCAAAUGAAAGAUCUGGCAUUAGCAUAUGCGAUGCUUACACGUUGUCCAAAAAGAUGGUACCUAUUUGCAUCACGUUUGGUGUAUGCUAGUACAGUUGUUCCGAAAGUGGGUGGUACCACCCCCUGGGGGGCACCUACAGGUAAAGGUAAAGGGAUCCCUGAUGGUUAGGUCCAGUUGCGGACGACUCUGGGGUUGCGCUCAUCUCGCUUUACUGGCCGAGGAAGCUGGCGUACAGCUUCCGGGUCAUGUGGCCAGCAUGACUAAGCUGCUUCUGGCAAACCAGAACAGCGCACGGAAACGCCAUUUACCUUCCCGCUGGAGUGGUACCUAUUUAUCUACUUGCACUUUGAUGUGCUUUCGAACUGCUAGGUUGGCAGGAGCAGGGACCGAGCAAUGGGAGCUCACCCUGUUGUGGGGAUUUGAACCUCGACCUUCUGAUCGGCAAGUCCUAGGCUCUGUGGUUUAGACCACAGCACCACCCGCAUCCCUUCUGGGGGGCACCUAGGGGGCACCAAAAGGCAAGGGGGCAGCGGGGGGGGCACUGGAGGUGUAAAUGACCAUCAGACUUUGAAAAGUGGGACUCACUGGAUCAAGUUCAUCAGUCUUGUAGAAUUAAUUAAACUAAGCAGUUUUAAUGGGAUUUUGAAUAAACGUGCAGUUGCUGCUGCUUUGCGUUUUAUUAUUAUCUUCCUUCUGCAAUGAUUCCUAUGCAUUAUUCAGAAUGCAAACUGCCAUUCUGAAAAAUGCUUCUUAUAGGGUAGAUGUAAAUGCAUAGGUACGUAUAGAUUCAAAUUUAGAAAUGGUUACUGUGAUUUAAAUAGAAGAGCAAUCCAUCUCACUCUCAGAAGGAAGAUGAUAACCGUGUGCCUCGGUUAUCCAUGCCCUUGUGACAUCCAGGCUGGAUUACUGUAGUGCGCUCUGCUUGGGGCUGCCUUUGAAGACGACUCAGAAACAUCAAUCGGAGCAGAAUGUGGCUGCCGAGUAACUGGUUGAGCCCAGCUGGUUGAAUCUAAGCGGGACUAUUCCAAUUGCACUGGACCCAAUUUACAGUGCUGGUGAUGACCUAUCAUGCGGGGUAGGGAACUGAGUUACUUGAACCUCUGCUUGCACAUACAACCUGCCUGCAGCUUCCGAUCUUUUCCACAGAUGAUGCUUAGAUACCCAUCUGAAAAGGCAGUUAGGUUGAAAGGCACAGGAAACAGGGCCUUCACAGUGGUGACCCCCUUUCUGUGGAAUUCGGUCCCAUAAAACAUCAGGAAGGCCCCCCUCCCUAGUUCUUUAAAAAUGGGAAACUUAAUCCUAACUUUUUCAGUGGCUAAUCAUGAGCAGUGGAAACAGGGUAGAGAAUUCCUUCUGAUAUAAUCUGCUGGUUAAUUGCAUGAUUUGUGCUGGUGUGGUGAUUUAUGAAAUGGAUGCUUUUAGCAGGCAACAAAUAUCGUUUUGCUGCUGCUGCUGCUGCUGCUGCUGCUUCGGCAGUUAUUUUGUAACCAGUUUUGCGACAGAUUCUCCUUACGAAGGGGGCCCUAAGAUACAAAAAAAGCAAACCAAAAAAAUUGCCUUGGAGUGAAGUGAUUGGAGGGGGGAGAGAAAGUGGGAUCGUUCGCAGCUUGGAAAGCGGCAAAUCCACUUCUGGCUCUCCUAUAAAGAAAAUGUCUGCCUGGUUCCACCUGGAGGGAACAUUUGUACCAUCUCAAAAAUCCUGCGGGAACUAGCCUCCUCACCAGAGAUAUUUUAUCCUGUGCCAUCCUCCAAGCCAAGAGGCUUGUGUGUGAUGGAGAAGAGGAGAAACGUUCAGAACUGGCCGAUCUCUGGAGGGGAGGGGGAGAGUAGGGAGAGGCGCCGAGGGAGCCCAGGAAUGUCCUAUCUCCAGGGUGCCCGGCAAGCUCCUCUCAGCGAUGCAAUUAAUGCGAAGGCAGGCGGCAAACAGAGUGUUGAUUCAAGGCGAGCAGCCUUCUCCUCGCCUCCCUGCUCACCAGCCAGCUGGAGGGAGCCAGGCUCUUGGCCCUUCCUUGUCUGCCUUUGUGCUUUCGUUCCUUGGGAUUCUUCCCAGGGCAGAGAGCAAGAGGCUUUGGCUAUAAGGUGAGUCUGACAGACACAAGGAUCCUUUUCUGCUCUGGCGGCAGGGGGAAAGGUUUUGGGGCGGCAGCCUGGCACUCCUGCAGAUGGUUUGGCCCUUGCAGGAUUGUGGGUUUAAGUCCUAUUCUCCUACUGCCCAGGGGAGAGCCAGAGUCUGGACCUUAGGACAUUUUUGGGGGGGAGGGAGGAAACCGCUUGCGUAUUUGCACAAAACGCAAAUUUCGGUCAUUCGGUUCCCAAUCCCUGGAAAAGAUAAUACUUAUUAUUCUUGUUGGGAAGUAGUAAUGUUCUGUUUAAGAUUUGGUUUUAUUGAGGUUUUAAGCAGAGGUUGGGUGGUCGUCUGUCAGGGAUUCUGACAGACCGUGAUCCCUGCAUUGCACAGAGUUGGGCUGGAAAACCAUUCCAACUGUACAAUUUUGUGAUUUAUAAUUACCAGGAUCUUGUCCUUCAGGUCUUAUGGUAUUCUCAUCUGAAACUUGAAACGUCAGUAAGAAUUCCAAAUAGUAGCAAAUUUCACAGCAGGCUUUUGAACAGGACAGACCCUCCAAGUGCCCCUAUUUUCCAGGGACCGUCCUGGAUUUACAGAAGCUGUCCCAGUUUUUGAUUUGAUCCUGGAAUGUCUCACUUUUCCUUAGGAUGUCCCUAUUUUCAUCAGAGAAGUGUUGGAGGGUAUGGGGUUAUGCGACCCCUGAGCCAAGGAGAUAAGUAACUAUGCUACCUUUAGAAGACAUCUGAAGGCAGCCCUGUAUAGGGAACUUUUUUUUAAUGUUUAAUGAUUUACAAUGUUUUUAUAUAUGUUGGAAGCCUCCUAGAGUGGCUGGGGUCUGGAGUUAUGCAACCAAUGAGCCAAGGAUACAACCUUUAAAAGACAGCCCUGCAAGGAAAGUUGCCCAGAGUGGCUGGGUGGGGUAAUAAUAAUAAUAAUAAUAAUAAUUGUUGUUGCUGCUAUGGAAUAGGAUGUCCCUAUUUUCAUUGGAAAAAUAUUGGAGUGUAUGUGGUUAUAAUUAUUUGUAUAUAAAACAAACCUUUGCCAUGUAGCUGAAAAUGAAUAUUUUUGUUUUUGUUUUGGUCUGUCCCCUAGUUUACCUUAAUUCUGAACUAAUUUUUCAAUAUAUAUAAAAUUUCGGGUGGUUCUUUAGAUGCGGCAACCAUGACUGGUGUAUUUGUUUCAGCUCAGGGAGUUCAGCCUUCUGUCUUCCCGACAGCUUUUGCCGCUCAUUGGCCAGCUUAGAUAUGAAAGCCAGGCCAGAAUCUCUAUGGGUCAAAGAAGGAUCCCUAUGGGCUGACAGCCCAACUCGGAUUACCGUCCUAGUAGCCAAUCCGCUGCCUCCACUAUAUCUGAAGGAAGAAGAGAUAGAAUCAUAGAACUGUAGAGGGGACACCAAGGCUGAUCUAGUGCACUGCAGAAAUCUCAAACACCUUUAAAAGGAGAUGUUAAAUGAAUAGAGAUCUAGAGAUGAUCUCAGCUGCUCCAGAUCCUGGCCUGGGGGCGCUGCAGAGCACCUGUGGCUGGGUAGAGGGCAUGCUGGGUGAUUGCGCAGGUCCUUAUCAGGCUUAGAAUAGCAUGGAGAUGAGACAAGAGGCUUUGGGAUUUGUGCUUCUUUGCCCGGGUCACGAAAAGGCAGCUGGCCAUUAGCUUGCGCACCAAGAACCGGGCAAGAUGUUUCUCUGCACUCUCCUCCAGCUCUCUUUUCUCCUCAAGGUAUGGGCGGCUACCGUGCCCCUGUGGGUUCUGGAGACAGGCUCCCUCGUCCCCAGGGUGCUCUCUGCCUCUCCUGACAACCCAGAGGCCUUCUUUUCGGCGGCAGCCAUGCUUCUGAACAGGGUGGAUUUGAUUUAAAUCACUAGUCAGUAAGACUUGAUUUAAAUCACUAGUCAGUAAGACUUUAUUUAAAUCAUUUUUAUUUUAUUUUUUACAGAAAGGCUCAUUCUUGCUGGUAUAAUCUUAAUAUUUACAACCAGAUAAAGGUUUCAUUUUUGGAAUAAUAAAUUUUCAGAGUAGUUUUUACAGUUAUAUCAAAAAUUACUGAUUUGGUUAUGCUAUUAGAAAUACAUUGACAGAUAAUUCUGAAAUUUUCUGCUGUACUUUAUUGGAAGGAGAAAAACAAUCACUUCCUUAAUAACAAUUUAAACAAUUUAUUUAACUAAAACAAUAACAUUAUAGCAUAUGUAUCCAUGUUUGUUAACUGAUGUGGUUAAACAAUUUUUUAUUUUUAAAAAAACUUAGACUGAGUUUUAGCACACAUGAAAAAACUUAAAACAAAUCCUUAUUUCCUGAUGUAUAGCCUUUGGACUAUAAUGUCACUUAGAAAACUAUCUUUAGAAAGAUUUUUCCUCCAAAAGCAUUUUAUUUUAUAAAUCCAAUUUAAAUAAUAAUAAAAUAACCGAUUUAAAUUUUUAAAAAUCAUUGAUUUUUAUCCACCCUGCUUCUGAAUACCAGUUGUGGGAAACUGAAGGAGGCAAGAAUUUCUCAUGUCCUGCUUCCUUCUUUCCCUUGCGGUUGGCCAGUGUGAGAACAAGACUCUGGGCUCCCUUUGGCCUGUUCCGGCAUUCUAAUCUUAUGUUCUCCAUCCCUCUCACUUCUCUCUCCUUUCCCUGUUUGCCCCUCGCAGGCCCCCGGAAGACAAAGGAAGAACAUGAACGAGUUUUUGGGGGACGCCAGCAUCCCGAGCCACGACCCCCUGCAGCCCUCCAGCGCCUCCUUGCCCAGCAAUGGCAUCGACACGUGGAAGAACCGGGCUGCCAGCCGCUUCAGCGGGUUCUUUGGUUCCGGCAACAGCGCCAGCCCCUUCACGCGGGUACGUUGCCAGUGCCCACCACUGCCGCCCGUGGGUUCCUGCAGGCCCUUUUCUUUUGCAGGUGUUUGCAGCUGGGAAGGGUGUCCUGGAGAGGUAGGGAGUCCCCGCUCCUUGCAAAAUCAAGUGGCAUCAGAUCACGAGGAAGGGUAGCCAGAGACCAAGGUAGAGACGCAUUCUUAGAGGAGGCCAUUCAUGAUGGAACUUUCAUGUCCAGAGGCAGUUUGCAGCAGCAGCGGGUGGUUCUUGUUGUCUUACUCUGCUUGUGGGCUUUGGGGGAAUGGAGCUCAGUGGGUAGAGCAGGGGUCAGCAAACUUUUUCAGCAGGGGGCCGGUCCACUGUCCCUCAUACCUUGUGGGGGGCUGGACUAUUUUUUUUGGGGGGGGGGGGGUUAAAUGAACGAAUUCCUAUGCCCCACAAAUAACCCAGAGAUGCAUUUUAAAUAAAAGCACACAUUCUACCCAUGUAAAAACAUGCUGAUUCCCGGACCGUCCGCAGGCUGGAUUUAGAAGGCGAUUGGGCUGGAUCCGGCCCCCGGGCUGCCUACCCAUUGGGUAGAGCAAUCUGCUUUGCAUCUGGCAUCUCCAGGUAGGCCUGAGACCCUGGAGAGCUAUUGCCAGCCAGUGUUGACAAUACUGAGGUAGAUGGACAAAUGUCCUGACUAAGCAGAAGGCAGUUUCCUAGGUUCCUAUCUGGUUUUCCACUAUGGGAGGCAGAAUGUCUGAGCACAGGCAGUUGUGGCUCAUCUCUUUUGGGGCCGGUUCACCCUUGACCAUCCCUCUGGUGUGUGAGGAGGGAGCAUGUCGGGGUGGGUGUGGCCUCCUCAAGUCUUGCAUGCACACAUUUAUAGGAUGUGCGCGCACACAAAAGCAGACAGUGACACUCUCGCAAGCACACAACCCCCCCCCUUUCAUUGGCUGAUCCAUGCAGAUCAACUAAGGAGGGCAGUUCUUGCCCCCUCAGCGGUUUGUUAGGAUGGCCAGUGAAGGUUGCUCUCUGAAAGACAUGGCACAAAAGGAAAAGGGCUUGGGAGGGAGGAGGAAAGAAAUAAACUCAAGGCCCAUCCAUACCUAACCUUUCACUUUCUAGGUGCAUGUCCAUGCUUUCCUGCUCCGUGUCUGAGCACGUUUUCCCCACCCAUGAAAACCCACUCUUUUGCGCUGAAUUGGAGAAAACAGCCAUUUUUGUUCCCCUCAGAUUGCUGUUUGCUCUGAUUCAGCAGCAAAGAGCAGAUUUUUGAGGGGAAAGCGGCAAGGCAAAAAUAAAAAGCUGUCGGGCACAGUCCCAGAAAGCCCGGACCAGUGCCUAGAAAUGUGGAGCAAAGGUAAUUGUGAAUGAAUCUUCAGGCACUAGUUACCAAGUUCAGUAGGUCAUGGAACUGGGUCUAAGCGCAAGGAAAGAACUGUAGCUUCCUUGCCUUCCGGUGGCCUCAGUUACGGCAGCUGGCAGUGGGAGGGAGGCCUGUUAUCCGUGAUAUCAGGGGGUCAUGUGCUACUAAAUACUCUUUUCCGGGAAGCGUCGGUGGGAGCAGGCUGGUUCCUUCAUGCCCUGUUUUGGGAAAUCAGAGGCAGGGGACAGAAUAGCUCAGCAUUAGAUGAAGAAGUCUUCAAGAUUCUAUCCUGGCAUCGCCAGACAGUUUUGGGAAAGACUAUUGCCUGAAUCCUUGGAGAACCACAGCCAGUCAUUGUAGACAAUACUAAGCUAGAUUAUUAUUAUUAUUAUUAACAAUUAUUUAAAUUUAUUCAGUUAUUUUACAAAAAGAAACUCAAAACGACGCUGUAAUAAACAAACCCAUGGGUUUAAAACCAGUAGGAGAGAAAACUCUAGAAGGCAAUCCUGUUUUUAAUAGGCAGGAUUGAAACAUCCCAACUACUCAAGAUUAAUUAAUAGCUAAAGGCCUGAAGAAGAACAGAUGGUUUGCCUGAUGCCUAAUGAUAUUUUAUUAUUAUUAUAAAUUACAUUUAUAUACAACUUUUCAUUUGAAGAUCACAGAGCGGUUUGCAGCAUAAAAACACAAAAUGAAAGCACAAAAUACACAUGACUGUAACAAAAACCAACAACCCCUGCCCACAAACAUAUUUGAAAGGCAAUAGAUUGCUUAAUCAGCCAAAGGCCUGCUUAUAGCGUUACUACGUAACACAAAUGAGAGACAAAUACACUAAACACUAAACAGGCACCCGGUGAGUCUCCUUGGGGAGAGCAUUCCACACGCAGGGAGCCACCACUGAAAAGGCCUGUUCUUGUGUUGCCACUCUCCAGACCUCCUGUGAGGCGGCACAUGGAGAAGGGCCUCAGGUGACGUUUGCAAGGCCUGGGUCGGUUCAUAUGGAGAGCAUGGACCAGUAGUAGCCUGGUUUUUUUCGGGGGGGGGGCGGCGGGUAGAAUCCUAUACUAUUUUGGUCUGGUCCAAGAAGGCUUCUUUUAGGUCUUUGUCCAUCCAUGAUACCCACCCCAGGGAACCAGCUGCCAAAGGACAGGAAGCUAGGAGAGGAUGUUCCCUUCAUUCAUUCAGCGGGCCGUUAUGGGAAACAGGAUUCGAACCCCCGUCUCACGGGCCUUCUUUCCCCCUCCCCACGUGGUCCCGCACAACACCCCUGUGAGGGAGGCCAGGUUGAGAGGCAGUGGCUGGCCCCAGGUGAGCUUCAUGACUCAGCGGGGAUUCGAACCUUGGUCUCUCCCAGGUCCUAGUCCGGCACUCCAACCAGGGCACCACCCCUGGCACUGCGCAGCAGCACCCCCAGACUUCCUUUUUCAGCCCUCCUUUCUGUGCCCCUCCAGGAGAUGGACAAGAUGGAGCAGCUGGAAAGCCGGCUCCACUCCUACAGCCACUUCGGCCUCCCCAAGUUCCCCCAGCAGCUCCGCUUCGAUCAGGAUUCCUGGGAAGAGGAGGAAGAGGAUGACGAUGCUACCCUGUGCCUGGAGGACAGCUGGCAGGAGAUCAUUGAGGGCACAGAGGUGAGGUGGGAGCAGGGCCCCUUUGCCGUCCAGCUGGCGCGUCGGAAUUCCAGUUCUGAAAGCCACCCUGAAGGGAGAGAGCUGCUCUUGUGCUUGGGUCAAGCUUGCGAGUUUCCCCUUGGGGGUAUGUGGUUGGCCAUGGUGAGAGCAGGAUAAUAAUAAUAAUAAUAAUAAUAAUAAUAAUAAUAAUAAUAAUAAUAUAUUUAUACCCCUCCCAUCUGGCUGGGCUUCCCCAGCCACUCUGGGCGGCUUCCCAAAAAAUAUUAAAAUACUGUAAUGGAUCAAACAUUAAAAGCUUCCCUAAACAGGGCUGCCUUCAGAUGUCUUCUAAAAGUCUGGUAGUUGUUGUUCUCUUUGACAUCUGGUGGGAGGGCGUUCCACAGGGCGGGCGCCACUACUGAAGGCCCUCUGCCUGGUUCCCUGUAACUUGGCUUCUCGCAGUGAGGGAACCGCCAGAAGGCCCUCAGAGAUGGACCUCAGUCUCCUGGCAGAACGAUGAGGGUGGAGACGCUCCUUCAGGUAUACUGGACCGAGGCCGUUUAGGGCUUUAAAGGUCAGCACCAACACUUUGAAUUGUGCUGGGCUAGAUGAGCCAUUGACCUGAUCCAGCAGACAACUCUUCUUACACUUUUACGGAGAAGGCUGGCUGCUGUGAUCUUGACCUAGCUGGGCUCAAUUCUCCAAUAAAGCUUUAACCUGAACCCCCUACCCCAGUGAAGGUAUCUGGCAGCUGAUUUAAGACAGACAAAAGGGAAGUCCUUUCUCCCCCCGCACAAUUAACUUUGUGGAAAUCUGCAUCCCUGGAUGAGGGGCAGGCUGAUGCUAAUUUAGAUGGCUUUGAUUUAUUCAAAGGGAUUGGACAGAUUCAGGGUAAGUUCUGCGAGUGGAACCUCCACUUUUAGGAAUAGUAUACCAGUAUGCUGGGGUCAACCAACAGGGCAGGGGUUUGCUUUCAAUAAUAAUAAUAAUUUUAUUAUUCAUACCCCACCAUAUCUAAAAACAUAAUGGCAUAUCUAAAAACAUAAUAAAAACAUCAAUCAUUGAAAGCCUCCUGAUACUGGGCUGCCUUCAGAUGUUUUCUAAAUGUCAGGUAGUUAUGUCUUUGACAUCUGAUGGGAGGGCGUUCCACAGGGAGGGUGCCACUACUGAGAAGGCCCUCUGCCUGCUUCCCUGUAGCUUCGCUUGUCACAGUGAGGGAACCACCAGAAGGCCCUCGGCGCUGGACCUCAGUGUCUGGGCUGGAUGAUGGGGGUGGAGACGCUCCUUCAGAUAUACAGGGCCGAGGCCGUUUAGGGCUUUAAAGGUCAGCGCCAACACUUUGAAUUGUGCCCGGAAACGUACUGGGAGCCCUGCUUGUGGGCUCCCCAGAAGUUUCGAGCCUGCCAACUUGCUGCGCUACUGACUCUUUGGAGGAAGCAGGGCUGUUGGCUGAUGGGCGGUCUCUUUGAGCCUCACUUGGCCUUGGUUUUCCUUUGGUAUCAGGUGAUUGACAGGUGGCUGGGGCCCCACCCACUCGUCAGAGCGGUCCUCUGAGGGUGGGGAAACCCAGGAUGUGGCUGGCUGGGUCCAGUUCCCCACCCCUGGGGGGAAUGGAUUCAGAAGGGGGCUUGUCAUAUUCUUAGGAAAGUAAUGGUAAAAAGAAAAAGCCCCUAACCCUGCCUCUGACUCUUAACCUUCCUAGGUUUUGACACGCCGGCAAUGCCACCAGCAGGAAGCUAUUUGGGAACUACUGCACACAGAAGCCUCCUACAUCAGGAAGCUGAAGGUCAUCACCGAUGUAAGUGUCUUAGAUGAAGGGAUGUGUUUAAUAAUAAUAAUAAUAAUUUUAUUUAUCAUUUAUAUCCCGCCCAUCUGGCUGGGUUUGAGGACACAGGUCUUGAAGCAUAUUCAUUAAUUCAUUCGUAAAAAAUAUUUAAAUACUGCUCUUCAUACACACACACACACACACACACACACACACACACACCAGUGUGGUUUAUAAAAAUACAGGUAGCCCCCUGUCUAAGCAUGUUCAAUAUGUGUGCGACUGUGUACAACCACAUCGUGCCGAACCCGGAAGUGACCCGGAAACAUCAUAAAGAUGCCACUGAAACGUCACUAAAGGGCAGAAUGGGGUGGGGGGUGGGGAUGGGGCAGAUUGGGGUGUUUGCAGGCUUUUUCAGUGAGUUUCAAUUAUACACCAUGCGUGCGGUGUCUCAGAACGUAACUCCUGCAUAAAACCAUACAAUGCAAACUAUAUAUAAAAAAGUUUAAACCAGAAAUGUAGUACCUUUUGUGGAGCAAUGUGCUCUCAAUUGCCUUUAUAGAUGCCUGAUGGAAUAGAAAAGUUUUCAGCAGGUGUUUAAAAGUUGACAGACAAGGUGCCUGCUGAAACUGUAGUGGCAGGGAGUUCCACAGAACAGGGUUAAUGACACUGAAGACUCCGUUCCUUGUUUUUGUCAAAUGAGCCACACCUGCUCGGGGAACAACCAACGAUGCUCCUGCAGAGGAUCUUGGUGGCCCAGCUGAAAUAUAAGGGUUCAGGCGUUCCCUGGGGUACCCUGGGGCUGAAGCUGUUCAGGGCUUUGUCAAUUAAUACAAGGACCUUGAACCAGGCUGCAUAGUAGAUGGGCAGGCAGGGCUGGUGCUUUAACAAAGGCAUCACAUGUUCUCAGCCAGAUGCCACCAUCAGCAAUCUGGCCACUGCAUUCUGCACCAGCUGGAGUUCUCAAACCAAGAGCAAGAGCAGCCCCACAAAGAGUGCAUUGCAGUAAUCCAGCCUUGAGGUUGCCAGUGCAUGAAAUACAGUGGUCAUUCUAUCCCUGCCCCGGAAGCAUCCCUUUCCCUUCGCUUAAAGCAGUGUCAGGUCCAAAGCCCUGGAUCAUGACCAACAUCACCUUUGUUUGCUGGCUCUCUAACCAAACGGCGACCCCCACAACCGAGCCCCAUUGCAAUAGCUCAUUUCUCUCUUUUUCUCUUUCCUCCUCAGCUGUUCCUGUGUUGCCUGUUGAACUUGCAGGAAUCGGGGCUGCUUUGUGAGGUAAGCUAGCAUCCUCUCCCUUUGAACAUGGCUGUUGCCCCAGAAAUGUCAGAUGUCACCCUCCAGAGCCAAACCUCACUUUCCUGUGCCAGCAAUGGUCUGCCUCCUGCUUCUGGUGGCUUUGUAGCGAAACGCCGUCUCUGAAGCACCCUCCCCUCUGCCCCGCUGGUCUCUUAUCUGCUCUGAGGAAGUGGCCCAGUUUUUCUCUCUCUCCGCCCCCCACCCCCAUUUCUGACAAGAAACCGUCUUGCGAUCUUUCACUGUUUGGAGAAAUACCUUAACCACACGGCACUCUGGCAGGCUUGUGGCACACAGAAGCUAUUUAAAGAGAUGAAAGAGAUAUACCCAAGGCAACUCUUGCAUCAUGCAAAUGCUUCUCUUGGGUCCCAGCGGUGUGUUGAUCAGGUUUUCCCAACGAAAAUGCACUCAACCUGUUCGAUCGAGAAGGAACGCUGGAUAAAUGUAGUUGCAUCAGGCUGCAGAGCAGAGCUGGGGAAAGGAAGACGGGUCCAUCCUUUAGGUGCCUUUAGGAUUCCCCUAAGGUAAACGGCGUUUCCGUGCACUGCUCUGGUUCUCCAGAAGCAGCUUAGUCAUGCUGGCCACAUGACCCGGAAGCUGUACGCCGUCUCCCUCGGCCAGUAAAGCGAGAUGAGCGCUGCAACCCCGGAGUCAGCCACGAUUGGACCUAAUGGUCAGGGGUCCCUUUACCUUUACCUUUUUAUGCUGGAAGUAUUUCCAUCCAAGCUAUCACUUUAAGAACUGUCGCCUGAGUUUUCAACAGUUGGGAUGACUUUGAUUGAUUGCAUUUCUAUCAGGUCUUCUUUCCUCUAAGGCAGCCAUAGGCAACCUCGGCCCUCCAGAUGUUUUGGGACUACAAUUCCCAUCAUCCCUGACCACUGGUCCUGUUAGCUAGGGAUCAUGGGAGUUGUAGUCCCAAAACAUCUGGAGGGCUGAGUUUGCCUAUGCCUGCUCUAAGGAGUUCAAAGUGGCAUACUUGGUUCUACCCCCUUCUUCAUUUAUUCACCACAACAACCCUGUGAGGUAGGUUAGGUUGAUAGUCACUGACAGGCCUUAGGUCACCCAGUGCGGUUUGGGACUCAGCACAGUGGGGGAAUUUGAACCCUGGUCUCUCCUGGGUCCUGCUCUAACCGCCACACCACACUGCCACCUCUUGUGUUGUGGAAUAACAGAAUCAUAGAAUUGUUGAGUUGGAAGGGUAUCCCAGAGGUCAUCUAGUCCAACCUCCCGCAAUGCAGGAAUCUCACCUAAAGCAUCCAUGACAGAUGGCCAUCCAACCUCUGCUUAAAAACCUCCAAGGAAGGAGAGUCCUCCCGAAGGAGACCAUUGCACUGCCGAACAGCUCUUACCGUCCGAAAGCUGAAAUAAUCUGGUGAAGUAGAAUGGAAGGAGAUUUGGGACAGAUGAGAGGCACUGUAGACUUUCAUGCCCUUUGCAGUUUCUUUGUGGGACACCACGUGUUGGAAGCUGCUGGAGUGGGUGGCUUUGAAAGGGGAUCGGCCAAAUUCAUGGUGGAGCCUGGGUGCUGGGUGUGUGUGUGCAUCUCUCGAUGGCUCCUGCCAUGGUGCCUGUGUGGCCCCUCUGUUCAGAGAGAGCACUGUGCACUGAAUGACAGUAGCAAGCGAGAGUCUGACCCAGGGGGGCUCUUCUUGGAAGGUGACUCGAGUGCAGGGCCGGAUUUAGGUCUGAUGAGGCCCUAAGCUACUGAAGGGAAUGGGGCCCUCUAAAGGUCCAGCUGUCCUUUGUCAGAAACAAUUUGUCGCUGUUUUUCAUGUUGAAUAUAUGCUAUAUGGUAAUUCAGGGACCUAAUAGGUAUCUAAAGCCAUUUGCACAAGUUGCCAUGCAACCAGUCCAUGCAGAAUGUAGGCACCCUCUAUAUAGAAAUGAGCAAACCAGUGAUAUUUUAGGGAGCAGCCUAGCAGGCGGGGUCCAUUACAUACAUCAUAGGAGCCUACACAACACAAAACACUGUUGCUGUAUGUAGGUUUUAUUUUAUUUGUUUUUUAUCUUAUAUUUUGGAUUUUUUCCCCCUUUAGAUUUUUUUGGGGGGUCCCCAAGAAAGUGGGGCCCUAAGCUAUAGCUAGUUUAGCUUAUGCAUAAAUCUGGCACUGCUGAAAGUGUAAGAAGGGUCACAGAGUCUGCUUUUCCCCACUCUGCAGGUGGAAGCUGAGCGUCUUUUCAGCAACAUCCAGGAAAUCAUCCAACUGCACCGUGCUCUUUGGAGAAGCGUCAUGGCUCCUGUUUUGGACAAGGCCAGGACCAGCCGGGCUCUGCUAGACCCCACGGACUUCUUCAAGGGCUUCAAGAUGGUAGGUGUGCAUGCAGUGAGUGUGCCUACAUGCGGGUGGAGCCAGGAGAGGAUGGUGCUUUGUUCCUGAGCAACAGCGGGAGACCAUUCCAGUGUCCCAGAACUGCAGCAGCAGAGGAGCGCGAAAGGCCUCCUACCCCAGCUCUGAAGCAUGUUCUGUUUUAUUAUACCAACAUGUUGUAAUGAAGGUUGAAAUCUGGCUGUUGAAGGUGCCACAAGUGAGGCAAGUCACCUGGCAGGGGGCACUGGGUGGCCGAGAAAGAGGGCCGGGAAAUCUGGUGUUAGCUUGGUUUUGAUCCAAUAGUUGGACCCAAACCAGAGUGAGCAGCUUUUCCGGGACCAAAUGCAACCCAGCAGACUCCUCAUAAAAGGUGGUCUCUGCUGAGCUGGUAGCUGCAGUACCAUCUCUGGCCAUCAACAGGGGUGGUGCUGGAGAGCAGAAUGGAAAAGGGAGUCUAGCUCCCAGAAUCUGCGCUUUGGGACCACUGCGCAGGGCCAGUUGGGUUGCUCAGGUGGCCCUUGCUUUCCUCCACUGCUGCUGCCUCCCUGCACCCGUGUCUUUAGUCUGAUCCUUUCCCCUUGCAGUUUGGCUCCCACUUCAAGCCUUACAUCCGCUACUGCAUGGAGGAGGAAGGCUGCAUGGAGUACAUGAGGAACUUGUUGCGGGACAACGAACUCUUUCGCAUCUACGUCACGGUAAGAAGGCUGUGACCAUCCUAUGAAUCCCACACCUGCCUCUGUCCUCAAUAUUGAGUCCUACAUUCAGAAAAGCUGCAGGCACCCAUCACCAGCAAGUCAAAUGCUGGCUAGACAGAGGUGCCAAUGCCCAAUGCUCACCUCUCCUAGUCAUGCAGGGCUGUUUAAGCCCCACACUUUAGGAGUGCUAUGUGGUUAGCUCAGUUGGUUAGAGCAUGGUGCUGAAAGCACCAAGGUUGUGGGUUUGAUCCCCGUACGGGCCAGCUGUAUCUUCCUGCACUGCGGGGAGUUGGACAAAAUGACCCUGGUGGUCCCUGCCAAUGAUACAAUUCUAUAAUUAAUCCUCUAUUAUUAUUGCUCAGCUAAAAGAGGGGAACAAUCUUAAAAGCAGUUUCAAAAUGGCUCCGGAGGUUCUGGGGAAGCGGUGAGUUGGUAAUGGCAGAGGUACUAGCCAAUAGGUACCUUUGCUUUUCCUCGAUUGGUCCAAACCAGGCAGACAGUCUGCAGAGCAGACUGUUGCUGUUUUUACAGAGUUUUGUCUGGAGGCCGAGUCAGAACUAUUGAAAAUAGAAUAGGCCAUUCUUUAGAAUAUGAGUCUGUCUUUCACCUAGGGCUCCUUUUGGAAACUGUCCAUUCCUGGGCUGGUUGUGGCUUGCAGCAUGGGCACCUUUCCAGGGCUGGCUUGUGUUCCUGAUGGGAGUUACGCCCCUGGCUAGUAGUGAUAGACUGGCUAGUGGCCUGUUUCUUGGCUCCAGGAACUGACGCUUCCCUUCUUCCACUUGCAGUGGGCCGAGAAGCACAAACAGUGUAACCGGCUCAAGCUGAGUGACAUGCUAGUGAAGCCUCACCAACGCCUCACCAAAUACCCUCUGCUGCUGAAGUCGGUGCUUAAGAAGACAGAAGACCCCCACACCCGAGAGGCCAUCAUCACCAUGGUAAAGUUUUGCCAGUCCACCCUGGUACACCUGCUAGCAUUGGUGAUGGUGGGCUGGGAGCUGCAAGGAAUUCAGCAAACGUUUGCACCCAAAUCCAUCUCAGGAAGGGCUGGCACUCUGUUGAGAUGGGGGAGAAACACAGUUCAGUUUGCAUUUGAAGGCAAACCUACCUAACGCUGACAAAGUCUAGCCACGGUGGAACCUCCAACACCCGAAGCAGUCUACCGCUAAGGAUUUGAUUCCAGGGGAGGACUGCAGCAUGAGAGGGCUGUUGCAUUCACACCCUGGUUCUGGGGCUUCCUGGAGACAUCUGGCCUGGGCCAGCCUCCCCAAACCGUGUGACUUCCAGAUGUUGCUGGACACCCAGCACCCUCCAUCAGUGCUGAACCGCUGGCUGCUGGAAGUUGUAGAUCAGCACAGCUGGAAGGCACCCAGUUUGGGGGAGCCAAGUGCCUCCCUCGCCUUAUUGCUGCCUCCCCCUGGGUAUAACCUCUGGCGGGCUUCCCUCCUCCCAGAUCAACUCGGUGGAGCGCUUCAUCAACCACAUCAACUCGCGCAUGCGCCAGAGGCAGGAGCAGCAGCGCCUGGCCAGCAUCCUGAGCCGCAUCGAUGCCUACGAGGUGGUGGAAGGAAGCACGGAUGAAGUGGACAAGGUGGGUGGCGAGGCUGUGGCUGCAACGUGGGGGAGAAGGGUGGGCAAAGGGUGCCCAAGAUGGCAGCCUGGGCUGGGUGGCUGGAGAGAGUGUCUCAGGCGCCUGAACUCUCUUGGCUUUAACCCCCUUUCUUCAGAUCCUGAAGGAGUUCUUGCGCCUGGACCUGACAGCCCCCAUUCCAGGGACCUCCGCCGAGGAGACCCGGCAGCUUCUGCUGGAGGGAAGCCUUAAAAUGAAAGAAGGCAAAGACAGUAAGGUAAGCCUUGAUGAGCAGGGGAAAUGUUCUUCUUGUUGUUGUUACUAUUGCAACUCAGACUAGGAGACCUCAUGUGAUUCAGCCCGGAAUUUCUACCCCCAAAGCCAGAGGCUGAGACACUGCCUUUGCAUGCAGAAAGCUAGGCAGAAAGGUCUUUUCCCUGACAUGCUAGCUUUCCAUGUGCAGAGAGGGUGGAGAGGAAUUUUUUUUUUGGGGGGGGUGUUAUGUUUCACUUGCAGACUAAUGUGGUGCACAUCAUCCCUUGUCCUCUCUAGAAAGGGUCCCCAUUCCUGCCCCCUUCUCUCUCCCCCACCCCUGCAUCAAGCUCCACGCAGGAUGCUCUGAUCAUUUGGGAUCUUUUUCUUCUCCAGAUGGAUGUUUACUGCUUUCUCUUCACGGACCUCUUCCUCAUCACCAAACCGGUGAAGAAGGCCGAACGCACAAAGGUCAUCCGCCAGCCACUGCUGGUUGACAAGCUGGUGUGCCGUGCGCUCAAGGAUCCUGGUGAGGGGUGUUUGUGAGCUGGGUAAUUUUUCACAGACAACUGGUAUAUGUCUGCACUGUAGGAUUGACCCCUCGAGCUGUGCCACAGCCACAGCCUCAAUCCUGACACACACCCCCGCAACUGCUUUUUGUAAACAAAGCACUCAUCCACCUGUUAUUUGUAUACUAUGUUAUACCCACAUAAAAACACAUAAUACAUGAUAAAAAUAAAAACGACCCAAUAAUCCCCUCUCCCCAAUACAUUUUAAAAGGGCAUUGGAUGUCAAUCAGCCAAAGGCCUGAUUAAAGAGGAAUGUUUUUGCCUGGCACCUAAAGGUGUAUAAUGAAGGUGCCAACCCAAACUUCCCUGCGGAGACCAUUCCACAAACGGGAGUUUAGUGUGGAUUUUUGUGGUGUGUUCUCCCUAUCCAUGCUAUGUUCUCCCUAUCCAGCCGGCAGCCCACAGUUUCUCAACAGUAAACUCAGAUAUUCCCAAUCCGGGGAAAAUCUGCGUGCAUAAGUUGCCCUGUGAUAAGGGCUGUGUGAUCCUGGCCCUGCAGAAUGUCGAAACCUGCUCCAAAGGAAUCCAGAUUUUGCUUCUGCAGUCGAUGAAGAUAAAUCAUAGAAAGGGAGGAGGGGAUGGAAUUCAAGCCUGAUCUUGGGCGGCUGAACAUCAGAAGAGCCUGCUGGAUCAGGCCAAUGGCCCAUCUAGUCCAGCAUCCUGUUCUCGCAGUGGCCAAACAGAUGCCUGUGUGAAACCAGCAAGCAGGAUUCAAGCGCAGGAUCCCUCUCUUCUCUCCUGCGGUUUCCAGCAACUGGUAUUCAGAAGCAUUGCUUCCUGCAACUUUGUUGGCCGGGCGCAGCCAUCGUGGCUAUUAGCCUUCUUCAUGAAUUUGUCAACUCCUCUUUCAAAGCCGUCAACGUCGUUGGCCACCACUGCCUCCUGCAGGAGUGAGUCCCACAGGUUAACUAUGCACUGCAGGAAAAAUCUACUUCCGUUUGCCUGUCCUGAGCCUCCUAACAUUCGGCUUUAUUGGAUAUUCAUGAGUUCUAGUGUUAGGAGAGAGGAACUGUGGAGAGUUACGCAUUGCCUCUCCUGCAGUGGGCGGCCGCCGACAUGGGUGGCUUCAGAAUGGAUUUGGACAAAUUCGUGGAGGAUAAAGCUAUAUCAGUGACUACCAGCCAGGAUGGCCACGCGCUGCCUCCAUGGUCAGAGGCAGCAAUGCUUCUGAACACCAGUUGCUGGAAACCGCAGGAGGGGACAGUUCUCCCUUGGGUCCUCUUUGUGGGCUCCCCACUGGGCCACCUGCCACUGUGAGACCAGGAUGCUGGACUAGGUGGGCCACUGGCCUGAUCCUGUAGGCUCUUCGACCUGUCCUGAAUCUUCCGCCAUUCAGCUUCCUGAAGCCGAGCUUGUGCCGGCGGCAUCUUUCCCUCCCCAGGAGUAACCACUAACCUAACACCAGACUCCCCCUCCCUUGUCUUCCUCAACAGGUUCCUUCCUGCUGAUCUACUUGAACGAGUUCCGGAGCGCGGUGGGAGCCUACACCUUCCAGACCAGUGGGCAGUCUCUGUGCCGGAGCUGGAUCGAGGCUGUCUGCAAUGCCCAGGUGGGUGGUGUGGGAGCCAAGAGGAUUUCCCCCGAAAGGUGGAGGUUGUGGGCGCUCUGUUGCCCCUGCAGACAUUGCUGGACUACAACUCCCAUCAUCCUCAACCACCCUGGGUGGGUCCGAUGGGAACGAGUCCAGCAAUACUUGGAGGGCUGCACGUUCCCCAUUCCUACCCAAGGAGGAUCUCCUCCUCUCCUUUAUUUGAGGUUUUUUAAGAGAGAUCGGAUGACCACCUGCCAGGGAUUCUUGAGCAGUGCUUACUGCAUUGCAGUGGGAUGGAUUGGAUGAGCCUUGGGACCCCUUCAAACUCUACCAUACUGUAAUUCUAUGAAUAGAUUUCUUUUGCUGCAGUUUAUCCUCCCCACCCUCUUUCCCAACUGGGGAAGAUGAAUUCUUCGACUGGGAGGACAUCUAGUCAAGCAACACUCCUGCCCUUUGCCUCCAGGAACUGGCAUUGAGACUCCCACUGCCUGUAGACUUUGUUCAGCUGAUAUUUAUUUUAUCUUUUUGUUUUCAUUUUUACUCAUUUAUUCUACUUGUUUCACAAAAUGCAUUUAAAGCGAUGCCAGCCCCUGAUGACAGUGCCCUGUGCCACUUUUUUAAUAGUCCCUCAUCCUUUUGAUAAUUUUCCCCCUCCAGUCAUCUAGAACUCUGGGGGUCUCACUCGAGAACUUCUCCCCUUUGCUUGUCCGCUUUUGGGUGCGGAUCUGUCUCCACCAAGGGUACUUGCUGGCUCUUUUUAUUUUUUUACAUUUUUUUUUUUUUUACGAUUACAAUCCACUCUUGAUAAAUUCCCUUAUACCCCAGCUACAGUGAUUGACUUCAAUUGGUAUUAACACAUUUAGUGAUUUCUAAAUUCGCAAGUGAAGUUCUCCUUUCUUCUUCCUGUGUGAGGUUUUAAUUUUCAUCAAUUGUUCCCUUCAUUUCUUUAUAAAUUUUAUACCCGUAAUAAUUAUUCCUGGUCUCCUUAGUGCCGCCUUACCCAUGCUUUGUUCCACAAACCACAAAUUGUCUCACAGAGGAGCAAAGAAACCAUGGCCUAUACUUGCAUAAAAACUGCACCUGCUGAUUCAUAUGCCUAGAUACAUCUUGAGCAAAUUGAGACAGUGAGUGCUUGGUGCGAAAUGUGCUGUAACCACACCCCUCCGCUGUAGUCUCUGCUGGGUCUUUCUACUUAUCCCAUCCCUCCUGUACCUUCUUGCAGAACAAGUUGCAGCACCUCCGUCUGCAGGAGCACCAACGUAGCCAGCAGCAGCUGCAAAGCCUUGAGGAAGAAGAGGAGGAGGAGGAAGAAGAAGAGGAAGAAGAGGAAGAGGACGGGGAGAGUGGCACCUCGGGAGCCAGCUCCCCCACCAUCCUCCGCAAGAGCACCAACAGCUUGGACUCACAGCAGUGGUAUGCUUGGGGUGGGGAGACAGCCAGGAGCAGAGGGGGCUUUCCAGGGGCCACAUGCCAGUGCCGAGUGUGGCCGGAAGGAAAAGUGAUGCUUAUUGUGUAAAGAAGGUCAUUUUCCAGCCAUGCACUAACCAGAGGCUUCCCCUCUACACCCACCCACACCACAGUUUAAAUCUGCCUGGAUAGCUCAGCUGGUUAGAGCAUGGUGCUGAUAAUGUCAAGGUUGCAGGUUCGAUCCCCGUAUGGGACAGCUGCAUAUUCCUGCAUUGCAGGGGGACGAGAUGAUCCUCAGGGUCCCUUUCAUUGAGGUGUGUGAAGCAGGGUUCCUGAGAGCUGUGGCCUAGGGAGCUGGGAUAUUCUUUUGGGAGAAUUCUGAGUGCCAGAUACAGAGGGCCGCAUGUGGCCCCUGAGCCACAGGCUCUGUUAUUGACAUAAGGCAGUGGUUUUCAAGCAGUAUGCCGUGGCAACCUGGGGUGCCUUGAAUGAUGGGUCAGGGGUGCCACGGGCAAUGCUGGCCUCUGUCCCUCUUUCCUUCCUCCAAUGCCCUCUCGCAUCUCUGCCUCCCAAAGGCUUGCACAACUAUUUGUUUGUUGCAGCAGCCCUGGCUGCAAGUUCCCCAGGUGAAUGGUGCCUCUGGGGCUGGCUUCCCAGGCCCCUGUUGGGCAGUGUCAGGAGGCACCUCCUCUUUAGCUCAGAGACCAGGGGUGACAGCAGCGGCUGCCCAGAGGACUCCCAAGGAGAGGGGAGAGGAGAGGAGGCUGAGGGAACACUCCACAAGGGAGGGCUGAGGGGCUGCUAGCUCUGCAGGCAAGGGCUUCUGGGCUUCUGAGCCCUGCAGGGGUGCUGCAGAGUGCAGGAGAACUGAAUGCUACAAAACCCAUGAUAAGAACUGUGCCAAAAACAAGUUGUUUUUUAAUAUAUAAAAAAUAACUCUACUUGCUCACCUCUGAAGGAGGGUCCAUCUUAUCCCCUCACACUUCUCCCCAUACCUGGUGAACAGCUGAAGUGCACUUUCGGUCUCUUAAUUCAGAAAUGAAGGAGCCAGCCUUACCUGUCAGACGUUUUGGAAACAUUACGAUUACAAAAUAUCCUCAUUCAUUCGCCACAAACCUCCAAUAGGGGUAGCAAGAACCUCACAUUCUCUCUCAGUCCCCCAAAUGCCUGGUGGAGUAGAAGUAGUCCAGGAAUUAGAUUUAUGGAAGCAUAUGUCCUCCAAGGGACGCGGGUGGCGCUGUGGGUUAAACCACAAAGCAUAGGACUUGCCAAUCAGAAGGUUGGCGGUUUGAAUCCCCACAACGUGGUGAGCUCCUGUUGCUCAGUCUCAGCUCCUGCCAACCUAGCAGUUCGAAAGCACAUCAAAGUGCAAGUAGAUAAAUAGGUACCACUCUGACGGGAAGGUAAACGGCGUUUCCAUGCGCUGCUCUGGUUCGCCAGAAGCAGCUUAGUCAUGCUGGCCACCUGACCCGGAAGCUGUACGCCGGCUCCCUCGGCCAAUAAAGUGAGAUGAGCGCUGCAACCCCAGAGUCGGUCAUGACUGGACUUAAUGGUCAGGGGCCCCUUUACCUUUACCUAUGACCUCCAAGGAAAAGGGUGGUCCAUUGCAGAGGUGUUACCAUAGGAAGGCCCUUGCCUCGUUCUUCCUAACAUUUAGUCAAAGUCUCCUCUCUUGAAAUUGAGCCUAAAUGGAUCUGAAAAGCUAACUGGCAACCGGCACCUUCCUGAUGUCUCCCUGCCUCUUCUUUGCAGCCUCUCUGACGGCUCCACCGAGACCAUCUCCGUGGUGGUGGUAGAUGCCAGUGAGGGCCCCCCUUCCCCCGACUUCGAGGUGGGUCCCUUCAGCUCCCAGUCCGAUGAAGCAUCCAUCAGCACCACAGCUUCCUCCACAACACCCACCAUGGAACUGGGCGAGGCCCUCCCUGCCAGCACCGCCAACCACUGCCUCAAACCGGAGUCCGGGUCCUGCCGCUCAGCCUCCAUCGACAGCGCCUAUGGUACCCUGUCGCCCACCUCCUUACAGGAAUUAGCAGACCAACAGCAGCGGCAGCAGCGGCAACAGCAGGAGGAGACUGGGGGGUCUACAGAGCAGGAGGACGGCGCCCCCAUCCCCUCGCAACGGACCGGCUCCCCGAAACUGCGGCGGCAGGUGCCAGUCCAGCUGCUGCCAGCCAAGACCAAGGUGCUCAAGUCCAAAUCGGAGGCAAACCUCUUGCAGAUGCUGCCAGCCUCCCUGCAGCUGGCCCAGAGCAAAAGCCUCUCUGAACUCUGCCCGGCCAUGUUCCUGCUGGGCUCCCCGCGGACUAAUGGGCCCCAGGGCCACAGACAGGGCAAAGCAGGGCGGGGGGCCGGCGGGGGCGGCAGCAGCAGCAGCAACAGCAGCACCUCGGAGCUGUCUGAGGCCGAGGAGGGGUCACCAGCCGGGCUCUGCGUUUCCCCAGAGUUGCCCGCCGCCUCUGCGGGGCUGCAAGCGCCUUGCUGGCUGGGCAGAGAGUGCCGGGGAGAGGAGCUGCCCACCGCCCGCCGGACUCUGUCGGACCCGCAGGCGAGCCAGCACCGCAAGCUGACGCUGGCGCAGCUCUACCGGAUCCGAACCACGCUGCUGCUCAACUCCACGCUCACUGCCUCGUGAGUGCUGCUGGGGAGACUGGGCUGGGCUGGGGGAAUUAUAGGUUACUGUAGUUAAACUACGGAACUCCCUUCCACAGGAGGCAGGGGUGGCCACCAAUUUGGAUGGCUUUAAAAGAGGAUUGAAUAAAUUCAUGGAGGGGAAGGCUAGUGAUGGCUGCUAGCCAUGAGGGCUGUGCUCUCAUACCCUCCAACAUUUACCAGCAGAAAGUCGGGACGUGUGUCAGCUGGCUUGCUCAGGAGCAUGGCACCAAACGAGGCGCAUGUCAGCUGCCCACCUCCCCUACCUGGUAGCUGCUCUCUUCCCUCCUCACUCACUUCUUCCUCCCAUGCUGCACCUCACACUGCCAUAAAGGUGGCGGCAACUUUGGUGGAGGCAGAGAGGGACUGGCAAGAGCGUUGCGCGAGUCCAUCGCCUCCGCUCCAGUGCGGAAAUGCCUUCCCCACGCACAAGGGUUCCACUUCCUGAAGGUUUCCCCGCUAAGUGCAAGCCCUGGCCCAUCCUCCUCCCGUGUUUGGAGCGGAGAGAUGGGACAUUCCUGAAUGAAAGCAGAAGCCAGGGUUUCUUCUGCAAUUCCAUGAAUUUCCCGGGAAAACAGGGACACUUGACGGUUAUGUGCUCUUCCUCCGGGGUCAGAGGCAGUGAUGCUUCUGAAUACCAGUUGCUGGAAGCUGCAGGAGGGGAGAAUGUUGCUCUUGUGCUCAGGUCCUACUUAAGGGUUUCCCAAUAAAGGCAUCUGGUUGGUCCCUAUGAGAACAGGAUGCUGGACUGAAUGGGCCUGAUCCAGCAAGGCUCCUCUUAUGUAGAGGCUUCAGCUCUCUUCCUGAUCCUCUCACCCACUUUGUUCCGCUACCUCCACCUUCACACGCUCCUUUUGCAAGAACUUGCCGUAUUUUUCGCUCUAUAAGAUGCACCCGACCAUAAGACGCACCUAGUUUUUAGAAGAGGAAAACAAGAAAAAAAAUAUUCUGAAUCAAAUGUUGUUGAAGAGGCUUUGCGUGGCUAUCACUGAAGCCAAACAGCAAGAGGGAUAGCUGUGCAGCCUGCAUUCACUCACACACAUUUCCCCUUACAGUGGUACCUCUGGUUACGUACUUGAUUUGUUCCAGAGGUCUGCUCUUAACCUGAAACUGUUCUUAACCCAAAGCACCACUUUAGCUAAUGCGGCCUCCCACUGCCGCUGCGCUGCCACCACACAAUUUCUGUUCUCAACCUGAAGCAAAGUUCUUAACCCGAGGUACUAUUUCUGGGUUAGCGGAGUGUGUAACCUGAAGCGUAUGUAACCUGAAGCAUAUGUAACCCGAGGUACCACUGUACUUUUUAGGAGGGGAAAAGUGCGUCUUAUAGAGCAAAAAAUAUGGUAGCUAACAGUAGAAACAGGGCUUGUUUUUCUAGUUGGAGCUCACCGGAGUUCAGCUCCAGCACCUCCCAGGCCAUUGCCGUUCUAAGAGAAGAAGGGAGAAGUUCGUGGAGAGCUCCAGCAUCUCUUUCCCCCCUAGAAAAAUCGAACCAUCUAAAUAACCUGUUUUGUCUGAUGGUCUGCUUGCUGCAGGGAAGUAUGAAGACAUCAGAGAAGCGCAAACCACAAGCGGGAGAUGCCGUGCCCGGCGCCGGGAGUUCCACAUCAUCCUUAAGUUAUGCAGCGUCACCAGCCUUCGGCACCGGAUCCCCUUGCCCGCUCCUUGGGUGGUGGUGGUGCCCUGCUGACCCGGCAGGACACAGGCACGAGGGCGAGGGGCACCAUCCUGCAAGCAGAGUCCGUGCCGCACGGGACGAGGCAGCUGCGUGCAUCGAUGUGUGUGUGUCCGGGGUCCAUGCAUAUGUGGCAACUGUUGGGUUUGAGUGCGCGAGAGGCAGCCUGGCGGUGGAGACGAGAGACAGCCACACCUGCUGACGGCUCUUGGCGGAUGCACGGACCUCCCAGGACCACAUUUCCUGCUUCCUUGCCCUCUCCUGCUUCACCUACAUUCUGGGUGGGGGGGAGUAAGAGGCAGACGGAGUGUACUCCCUUUGACAAGGACCUUUGGGGUGGGGCAGUGGGGAGGGGUCUUUCCCAAACAAUGCACUUAGGACUGCUAUCUCGUACCAUGCCCAGACGCCUGGGCAUUAACACUAUUGUGGGAUGCUUCCAACCUAAUGCCCUCCCUCUGUCCCACUAAUUAACAGUUCUUCCUGUGCAAAACUCCUUGAAAGAGCAAGAGUUUAUGCCUGCUGUGCUGGUACAGCCCUGCUGUUAGACGGCGGGGGGUAUUGUCCCAUUGCCCGUGCUGAAAUAAGAUUCGACUGCUAGCAGCCAACUGACUUUGUCUGGCCCUGGGGGUCAGAUGGAUCUCUGUCUCUCGCUUUGCUUCUGCCCCCUGUGGGCGCCCUUCCUUGCCUCUUGGUCUGGACAUGUGCAGAAUGGCCAGAUCAAGGAAGCAAACCCAGAUGGCGAAGCUGGCUGGUCUUCCACUCUGUCUCCCUUUCCGUACUGCGGAGACCCCUGCAGUGAGGCCACGAUCCCAGGUGCAUUUGUAGGGUGUGGGGAGGGGGUGCAUUCUGUGUGGAUCUGUCCUAAUGAGAAGGUCCUUCUGCCUUGACAACAUGGCUUGUCUGAUGAGUGAAAUGGCGUGCAUGGCUGCUAUCUUCUGCAAGGGCGCCCAGGAUGCUUUUCCUGGUGAGGGCACGUAAAUGGUUGACGUUGCUCUCUGGUUGCGCCCAGAAAAGCCAUCCCCCAAGGGGGUCCUGCCAACCUGCUGGCGAUAGCCCACAUUGGUUCCAAGGCCCCAUGUCCUGUGUAUGCAGCAACAUUUGCCCAGGCUUUGCACCCGAGUGUCCUGAUUCCACUAGGGGGGGGCUGCCCAGCAGGGGAACAAAGAGGGAAGCAGAAUGUCGGAAAGGAGCAGAGAAGUGGGAGGUCUGGGGGAUGUGCUGGGAAAUCCAGAUUCUGGAGUAAGGGGGGAAAGUUGCUGGGGGAGGGCGAAGUGAUGAGGAAUGGCAGUGCAAAGUGGGCAGCUGAACGGGUGGAGAGGCCGAGCGGCCUAUAUAAACAGACGGCAGAGCCAGACGCAGGCCAGGAAGUUGGGAAUACGAGAGACUGGGGAUGGAGCAGAAGAUUCGGGGCCUGCACUGCUUGCCAUUCUCAAAAGAGGCUGUGCUGUCUUUGCGGGGAUGUUGGCUUAAGGACUGGAGACAUAGGAGACCCCUGGGGAAAUGAUGAGGGCGGCAGACUGGGGUCCCACCACCCCUGCACUUUGCAACCUUCUCUCUUUUAUUGGGAAACAUGGAGGCGAAAGGACCCCUUCUCCCCCCCCAAGUGAAUCCCCGCUGUGCUGAGCUCUCUUCCUUUGCCCUGGUGGCAAAUUGGGGCACCUGCCCUGUCCUUCCCUUCCCUUCCUUUCACCUCCCUCUGGCAAUAAUAAGCCUGCAGGCCUCCCAGUUUGAUGGGGACCCUGCUUGCUUUGCUCUCUACGGGGAAAACCCAAAGCACAGAGUGUCGUUCUCCUUUUCUGGGAGCAGGGGGUGGGGGUCUGUCGAGAGCUUCCUGCCCUUUAUGCCCGUAAUAAGUUGGCAUUGGGCGCUGCACUGUGUAGAGCAGAGACUGCAAGGGGGAACUGAGGGAGACCCUCUUCUCCACCCCAGUCCAUUUCCCUGUGCAUGAUUUAGCCGGCUGGUGUAUUUUUUUUCUGUGUGUGCGUUUUCAAGUUGCCUAUUUAUUAAGCUUAACUAUUUCCCUAGCACCCACCUCAACUCCCCCCCCCCAGGCGAGGCCAGUUCCUUUUAUACCACUUUAUGUAUUGACGGUCGUGACCCCACCCCUCCGCCCUUGUCCUUCCUGAUAUCGGGCAGAUGUGUUGGUUUCGGCCAUCCCUCUAAUGCUAAUGUCCCUUGCUCAGUGCCGUCAGUGUCACAGAUAAACCAUUAAACAUAACCCAGAUCUCUGA